AUUGCAAUGUGACAACUUAAUCAUGUGACAACAAGCCCCGGUCUCCCCUACUGCCACCUGUAAACUGAUGUCACCUUAAUGAGCAGGUUAAGGGAUGAUUCAUAUCUGUGCUCCUCAUGCUCACACCGGUCAGAGAUAUUUUGGAUCCCUGGUAUUUGGUCCCUAAGUGCCGAUCUCAGAGGUUUCAGAGGCAGAGGCUGUGAUUUCUUGCAGCCUGCAGGUUAAUAUUCUCAUGCAUAUCGAGAAUUAUGGGAAUAAAAAGCUUGCAGACCGCAGCAGAAGGUUCCCAAGAAGCAGUGAAGCUCUUCAGCAUGAAGUAUUUCUGCAAUUCCAGCAGCUGUUACAUCAUUCCUCUGCUCCUCUGCUCCCUCCUCCUAUUUCACACCAUCAUUUGCACUUCAAGAACUCUCUUAUGGAGAAAGAUGUUCUCCUUUCCUGAUUAGCCAGAGGUUAUGCAGACGCGCCGCAGAUCAAACGCCACCACGCUGCUCCCAUUCUGCACGUCCUGAAGAGAGAAAAGCCAGAAAUGGACUUUGACAGCUUGUUGAGGACUGUGACAAAUGAGAGGAAAUGUGACUAACAUCAGGCUGAGAAACUCUGGAAAUACUGGAGAUCAUUACAGCCACAAACCUUUUGAACUGACUGCGCUGAGCUUCUUAGAGUGAAGGUUUCCUCUCUUAUGGAGGCUGUUUUCAGCUGCGGCCUUGCACCGGUCCGGCUCUUCCUGCUGGAUAAUUCUCCAAUAAUGGUCUUGGCUCCAGCUCCUCCAGACAGCACCCAUCCCUCCACGUGUCCUGGAACAAGACCCCUGCAUUUGGCCUCUUAAUGGGGUUGAACUGAAGGACAAACAGCUUUAAAAUCACGUUUCUGCAAAUGCUGCAGAUUUAAAGAAGACAUACCUCCUAAAACGACCCAACAUCCUCUGCUCAGUGGAUUCAUUUCCUUUACGCAGACGUCCUUGUUUCUCUAAAGGAUCUUUGGCGUCUCCUCUCAAGGUUAGCCGUCGAGUUAUUCCUCAAGUUUACUCUGCAUAAUAAAUACAGUUUAAAAAAAGUAAUUACAUAUAAAAUAAAAUAAAAUAAUAAGAAAGGUGUAAUCUGCAUGAUAAAUAAGUAAAAAAUGAAAAUAAAUAAAAUAUAAAAUAAUAAUAAUAAAAUAAUCUGCAUGAUUAAUAAAAUAUAUAAAUAAAUAAUAAUAAAAAAAAGUGUAAUCUGCAUGAUUGAUAAAGUGAAAAAAAUUAUAAUUAAUAGAAAAAUUAUAAUAAAAAAUUUAAAUCUGCAUGCCAGUGAUCAGACAUCAGCAUCACUCUGAAGGGUCGGUUCGGCGUCGUGAGAGGUCCAGCUCCCGCCAGCAUCACCACAGGCAGCUGAUGUUUGUCUCACACUCGUAUUCAGAGCCAAAGAAGGUCUUUUCCUACACAGUUAUAUAACUCUACUGUAUGUUAAAUAACAUACGAGCAGAGAGACGAGGUCUACAGCUCCUCUCAGAUUUGUGAGUCUCUGCAGUGAUUGUGUGUAAACGUGCUCCUCUGAGAUGUUAUUUUUAGCAGAAUGGAUGUCCGCAGGCCUGCUGAGGCCUCCUCUCUCUGAGUUCAACUCCUGCUGUGCAUCGAUCCACGGUCUGAAAUCAGAUUUAGGCCGUACAAUGGUGAGUAUUGAUAUUUAAAAGACCACACAGAAAACACAGAAGAAACUCCUCUUUCCAGAAGCUCUAGAGAUGUCUUUUUUGUGUAGAAACAGAGGCUGCCGUCUCACUUUUCCUCAGCUGGAGUUCCUGAACUUUUACUGCUAUGGCUCCUUUGGAGGAUUAAAAAUGUCCAUGCCCCUCCACGAAACAAAAUAACGACACAAAGGCCACAAACAGCUUAUUAACAAGGUCUCCAUCCAUCAAACCAGUUUGGUCACAUGGGCAUAAAUUAAUUAAUACGGAUCUUUAUCCUCUUAGGAUAGUUAGCAUGAGUCAGCAUUUCUAGUAUAGCGCCAAACCAGUGAUUGACGUCACUCAGACCACAUCCAUGUUCCAUACAGUGUAAUCUGCAUGAUAAAUAAGGUUAAAUAAUAAUAAAAUAAUAACAAUAAUUAUAAUAAAAAAAAUAAAAUGAGAUCUGUAAUCUGCAUAAUAAAUGAAGUAAAAAAUAUUGAAAAAAUAAAUUAAUAAAAAAUGUGUAAUCUGCAUGAUAAAUAAAAUUUAAAAAAUUAAAUAAAUAAAAAAUUUAAAAAAUAACAAUAAAAUAAAAAAGGUGUAAUCUGCAUGAUAAAUAAAAUUUAAAAAAAUUAAAUAAAUAAAAUAUUUAAAAAUAAUAAUAAAAUAAAAAAGGUGUGAUCAGCAUGAUAGAUAAAGUAAAAUAUUUUAAAUAAAUAGGAGAGGAAGAAAUUUAUAAAAAAAAGUGUAAUUUGCAUGAUUAAUGAAGUAAAAAAUAAAAAUAAUAAAAUAAUAACAAUAACAAUAAUAAUAAUGAUAAUAAUAAUAAUAAUAAUAACAAUACUAAUAAUAUUAAUUCAAUAAAAUAAGAUAAUGAAAAAGGUAUAAUCUGCAUGAUAAAUCAAGUUAAAAAAUGUUUUAAAAUAAAUAAAAAAAAUAAGAAUUAUAAAACAGAUGUUAUUUGCAUGUUAAACCAAGUAAAAAUAUAUAAUUAAAUAAUAAUGAUAAUAAUGAUAAUGAUAAUAAAAUAAGAUAAGGAAAAAGGUAUAAUCUGCAUAAAAAAUAAAGUAAAAAGAAAUAAAUUAAAAGUAAAAUAAAAUAACUAAAAAGGUCUAAUAUGAUUUGAACCUGGCUGUAAACGUGUUAAUGUCGCUGUGUACCUGAGUGUCACAAUUUCAGGGUUAAGUGUUGUUAAAUUCUAGACAAUUUAAAGCUUAGAUUUAAUUUUAGAUCCGUUGAAACGGUCACGAAGAGGAGGGGUGGUGCUGUGGGACGACUUUUAACAGAAACAGUAAAAAAAAAAGUGUCGAUCCAUUAAUGAACACAGAGUUCUAAGCUGUCCAUGUCAGUCAAUGUGCCUCUGAAUGUCCCCUCUGUAACGAGUGUAUUUGUGUCAGGACGCCUCGUUUUGUCUGUUUAACGGCUCUGAUGCGAUUGAUCGAAACGUUCAAUAUCCUCUUAUAGAGAGCUGACCGAUAACUGUGUGUGACUGCUGCUCUUCACGGAGGAUCGAGAAUUAAAAGCCCAAACCUGUUAAUCCCUCCUUCUCUCUUUGUAUUGUUUAAUCUUUGCAUGAAGGAAAGAGUUUUUAAUCCCGUUUAGAUCCCUGAAGCUGCUGUUUGAGUGUCAGGGAGGCUGCGUCUAAUUGAAAUGGACUCUUUAAAGACCCGUUCAGCUGAGGCGUCUCUGUGAACAGACACACAUUAACCCCGUGGAUUAACUCAGUGACAACUUUCCAUCUGUGUGUGUGAAGGUUUAAAGCUGCACCCUGAUGCAGGUUGGUUUGUGUUACACAUCUGUGGGUGAAAACAGGCUGAAUAAUGUCUUUUGUAUGAGGAUAACAGAGGUGGGGGAAAGUCCCUAUGUUGCAAGUCCCAAGACAAGUCCAAGUCCUGAAAUUUUUGCUUCGAGUCCCAACCAAGUCCUUACCGUUUCUUUCAAGUCAGAAACAAGUCAUAUCAAAGUCAUAAACCAUUUGUUAUAUGUAAAGAUUUACAUCAAUCAUGAGCAUUUUUCACUAUCUGCAUUUAUUAUUAGACAAGGGUUCUUGUUUGUGUAAAGUUACAUAGUGCAGCUUUAACCAAACUAUUUUAAAUGUCAUUCAAAAAACAAUCAGAUAAACUUCAAGAAUUGGAAACUUAGACAAUGUGCACAAAAAUAAGGAAGACUCAAAUACAAUUAAACGUUAAACUGAUUCUCUAAUUCACUGUUCCAAAACAAAACAAAAGAGAGACACAAGGAAACACGUGGAAACAGGCGGGUAAUACCAGCGAGCGAUUUAUGUUCAGUCCUCCCGGUGUUGAGACAGUGUUGCCAAGUUUCGUGAGAGAAAUAAGGAAACAGACCUCCAGAAACAAGCCAAAAACAAGCAGACUUGGCAACACAACACGGUUUUAUCAACGGCCGUAAUUCCUGACUAUUAGUUGAUGCGACACUUUUUAAACGGUUUGGGCUUGCUGUGAGGUAUUAAGUGACUUGAAAAGACUUGACUUGACUUUUCAAGUCACUGGGCUCAAGUCAAGUCAAGUCUCAAGUCUUUAGCAAUCAAGUCCCAAGCGAGUCCAAGUCGUUUCUUGAUUUUAUCAAGCAAGUCAAAAACGGGACUCGAGUCCAAAUCGAGUCUCGAGUCGAGUCGUCAAGCCCCCACCUCUGGAGGAUAAGGACCAAUAACGUCUGUUAUUUUUUAACAUACUGUGUUUCUGUCGUACAGCAAAAGUGUCUAUAUGUCACUUAACGGUGAAAAAUACAAAAAAUUAUACGUUUCUAGUCUUAUUUCAAGUUUGUUUCUUCCAGUGUUUGUUAGAAGAAAUACUAGUUUUAUCUGCACUGGAUCUAAAAGGGAAAUUCUGCCACCUCACCAGCACAGCAGGGGGCAGUAAUGCACCUUAGGAGAUAUUUGCAACUUCUCAUUGAGUCAGGAGAAGAAGAAAAAGUUAAAUCACCUCCAGGAAGUGGGGGUUUUGGAAAAGAGUGAAGUCAAGUCAUGGCCUCACAGGUGAGUAAAAACAAAAACUGUUGAAUGAUGUUUGAUCAGUUUUGAGUUAAAAUCAAAGAGUUUGGCAGAAAAAAGUCUGUAAUGGACGGGCCUGAGGUCUCUCUACAAACAAGCAACUGCUGGAAGAGAGUGGGUGAGUUGUGUUUAGUCUCUUUGCUAAAGAAAUCAGUCAAAGUUAAAAAGAUGUUUGGUGUCUAGUACUAUGUCUGUGACCCUAUAUGUCCUGUUGAUGAAGUUAGGUGCUGUUCUGAGCAUUAUUUGUGAAUGUAGAGACUGUUGAUGUUUUUAAGAAGAGGCUCAAGACUCACCUUUUUAACCAGGCUUGUCAUUAAUCACUUUUUAAAAUUUCUCUUAUUGCAAAUGUUAAUUCUAAUCAAAAUUCUUAAUGUUUCUUUUAUGUCAUUUCAUUGAUUAUUGUUCUUAGUCUUUUUCUUAAUCCCCGUCAUAGAAGUUUUUACUUCUUUCACCCCUUUUACAUGGUAAAAAGCUCUUACUUAUCUCUUCAUCUAAUAUUAUUUUCUUGUUUUUUAGACCAUCAGGUUUUACUCUUCCUUUUUACCAUUUUUAUUUUUAUCUCCAGUGUUUCCCAGAGGUCGCUCUUUCCUCAUGUAAUGUCUCGGUGUCAGGCCAUGUCUCUUUAACAAGAUAUCUUAGAUUCUCACUCGGGUGUGUGUCUGUGUGUGUGUGGGUCCAUGGGUGGGUGUGUGGGUGGGAGGAUAGGGUUUUAUUGUCGUUCAAUUGUUGUUUUAAGUGCCAUAAAAAUAUUUGAAUUUGAAUAUAUAGAGUGGCGUUUUGGUUGAGGGCGUGUCUCUCUGUAUUGCUAUCCUGCGGUCGUUACUAAAGUUGGUAAAACUAGAGAAGCAAGCGGUCGGCAACAUUCAUCUCUGGAGGUGGGGUCUAACUCUGUGUUUUUGACCCUAAAUUAAUUUCACGCCGGAAUAUCCCUUUAAGCAAAUGAAGUAAUCACAUGAAGUCAUCACGACUCUCUCUGCAGUGAUUCAUACUUUAGUCACGCUGAAGGGUCAUGACUCAACGUGCUUCAUUUAUAGUCGCUGUGAGGAGCUUUUUACUGGUUUCCCUGUUAGACUGAAGCUUCUCUGUGACCCAGAUAUUAAAAUAAGAUCAUCAGUGACAUGACUGGUUAUUGGUGACUGUGCUCAAGUUGGAUUCGUACCAAAAAAGCCGAGAUUAUAUAGACAGAGAUGAAAUUAUUCACCUUGUUGCCAAGUGACUGUAUUACACCAACAUCUGAAAGUAGUGACGUGACACUUUUUCUCCAUUUACAGGAUCUUUGCGGCUUUUUUGGCAACGGAGAAGCUUCGAAUCCUCGCAGACUGAAAAUGUGAGCUGUUCAGGAGCCGUUUCAGUAAGUCGACCGCAGCAGUGUUUAAGGCUGGUGGAGCUAAAGAGACGCCAAAGGGUUCAGGUUCAGGUAGGAAGGAUGACAGGGUGCAGUUUUCUGUUUUUAACUUGACUGUAAAGCACUUUGAGUCACAGUCCUGUAGUAAAAGAGCUUUAUAAAUAAAGUUUGAUUGAUUGAUUGAUACAGUAGCACCAAUGUUUUUGACUUUCACCUUGACUGUGAAGUAUUUAUCUGCAUUUUAUCUGAAUUUAAUUGGAACGAUACGAGCGAGCAGGAGCGUCUGUUUGUGGGCGGGGCUUGAGGGGAGAGGAGGAGCUGAGGGGGAAACUGGAUGGGAGGGGUCGAGUUAACAUUCAAGAUUUCUCCUAAAAACUGGAACUUCCUCAGAUCCUGACUACACCACCUUUAAUCUAAAGGAUAUUUUUAAGGUUCAGUGUUUUUAAAAAAGCAUCAAAAAGCACAUUUUAUAAACUGGGAGGACAUUCAGAGAGCUUUUUUUGUUUUAUAUACUCAGGAGGGGCGUUUUUUUAACGUUUUAUGCACUUAAAUAUCAUCCUGAUGGUGUUUUUUCACUUUUAUACACUGGAAGCUCAUUAAUAGGGCAUCUUGUUGUGUUUUAUCCUUUUGGAAGAGCUGCGACUAGAGCUAUUCUUCAUGCCCCAGAGAUGGCAUUUUAUCAUGUUUUAUUCAACACAGCUACCUCUGUUGGUCCAUGAGGAGUGAGGUUUGGGGGUCUUAAAAAUCAGGACCGGGCCUGGGUUUGGGUUGUGGCGGUCCUCCUGCAUCAUAAUCGCAUCGUUCAGGACAGCAUCACUCUCAGACUGAGCUCGGAGUAAUUUUAGACGUACCCAGCGUUGUUCUGACAAGGCUUCACCGAGCUAAAGAUUCAUAAAACGCUCUCACUCAGCAGACUACAUUUCUAAAUUGACACUAAAGCGUUGGAGUUACAAGCUCGGUGGAGUGGAUCCAGGCUGAUCUGCUGGCUGGCUGGUUUUUAAAGGGCCCUCAGAGAAACCAGAGAGGAGGAACUCAGAGUGUGCAGCUGCUGUGUGCAGAGUGAGCGAGACUCCGGGGGGAGCCGUUGAAACUGGGCCUGGGUCCUGCUGCGGGGCGCUGUUAUCCUCCCUCCUCUCCCCAGGGAGUGAGACGGGUGAGGAUGGAGAUGGAUGGGGUGUCAGAUAGACGGCUGUUUAAUAUCUACCUCCACUUGUGCUGUGCUCAACACAAAAUGUACAUAAAGCGCUCAGCGUGAUGUGAUGAUGUGUGUGAAGCUCCUCCAGGUGUAAUUAGCUUUGAGCAGGAGCUGAAUUAGCAGAUGGAAACAUAAAAAGUGCAGCGAUCCUCAGUAAUUUCACCUCAUCUCAUCCGAUCUGAAAUAUGAAGUGACUGGGAGCCACAGCUACAAAAAUCCAUCUUACCCUCUCCUUGCUGUUUCCACGGAAACAGCAGACAUGCAAUGCAAUGUAUCAGAGAGUCGCAAAUGACGUGACGAGACAGUGAAACAAGAAGAAGAAGAGGAGGAGGAGGAGGAGUGAAGAAGAGGAACAUUUCUGUCAGGGAAAUCAAACGCCCGAAAAGACGACCUGAAUCAGCUGGGGAGGCUUCCUCCUCGGAGUUUUCCUCUGAAACAAAAUUCUGAGUAAAGUGUGUGAAGAAGCAGGAUAUUAUGAUUUGCAUAACCUGCUUUUCUUGCGUUACUAAAGUUGGUAUAACUAGAGAAGUAAGCGGUCGGUAACAUUCAUCUCUGGAGGGCGUGUCUAACUCAGUGUGUUUGACCCUAAAUUAAUUUUACGCCAGAAUAUCCCUUUAAACAGUCAUGACUCUGUAGUGGAAGUCACUGCAUUUUAAAAAUCAGUCAUGAUGUGGACUCUGUGGCCUCAGGAACCCAUCUAUCCAGCAUUAGUUUGCACCUCAGCAUCUCCUGUUUUUCACAACUUGUAACAGAAAUGAAGAGUAGAUUUGAGUCUCAACAACAACACUUGAAUCCCAAAACAAAGUCUGGUGAUAAAUGAAGGGAAACCCUGAACAUGAGAGGUUCAUGCUCUCAAACAGGUCUGCUUUAAUGAGAUGAGCGGAGUGCUCUCCUACCGUCAUCUAAACUCAGACGUAGGAAGUGUAUUUUGUCAGAGUGCUGUUGGUCCCUUUAUUGGACUUUCAAAGACUUCAGUAGUCUAUUAUAAGGAGCAUUAAAGAUGCUCUCGGGACGACAUAGAGAGUCUUAUUAGACGCUUUGUUACAGCCUUUGACAAGCACUCCACUUUGGUGUAGCUCCUAUUUUUAUCACAGGUGUGUGUCUCUCACCACAAAGUGAAUCUUCAGCCUGAUGGCAGAAACCUCGAGGAGAACCAGACUCAUGUUGAACAGCUGUCUGCUGAGCCCGUGUUGGACUUUGGAGGUGUGAUAGAUCACUUGAUCACAUACUAAUACACUCUGUGUUAGGGCUGGGCAUUUUCUUUGUUUCUCACCAACAGUGCUGUCGGCUUCACCUGUUAAAGUGCUAUGGUUGGGUGUGGCUGCUGUCUGCUGUGACACAGUUGUUUGAUUCUAAUUCAGCACAUGAUUGGUUCAGACCCAGAGCAACUCCCCUUCUCAUCUCAAACAUGGCAGAAUGCCGGCUAUCGAAAAGCAUAUUGAUCAUGUUUUAUAUCUAUAUAGAGAGAAAUUAAUUUUUGAUAUAUAUCAUUAUUGUCGUAUCGCCCAGCCCUACUCUGUGUGUUAACUACUUCUUAUCUUGUUCCUGCUUUUAUAGACAUGAAGUUUUGGCAUUUAUUCCUGUUUUUGUUCGCUGCUUCAUUAGUUUAUCUCUCACUUAUCGUAUUUUAAAACGGCUCUGUAUCGUAUUUUGCUCUGAGGGAUGCCUCGCUGUCUUGUCGAAUCUUGAACUGUAAUUUGAUAUUUUCUAUAAUGUAAGCCAGUGUGUGUUAAACAGAAAGGGCCCCAGAAUGGAGCCUUGGGGGACUCCACAUGUUAUUUUUGCUUAUUGACACGAAGAAGAAUCUAUUUUUGAAGUCAGGAUAGUUGAGUAUUGUGCUGGAAAGGAAAUAAAGUGACUUUUGUCUACAUUUUGCACGAAAACUGCAGGAAUUUGAAUUAUGGUGUAAAGGAAAUCUGUCCUCUUUUGCAUGAAGCAGAACCAGACUGGUGUUGAUCCUCUUCCUGCUGCACCUGUUAGUUUUUUUAAGGUGUGAUGAAUGGAGAUGCCGAGAAAAUAAGAUGGAUAAACACAGACAGAGCGACAACAGCAACACUGAAACUAACCCUCCGUUCCUAAUAUGUCCUUUUUUGAGAACUUUAGUCAGUUUUUUCAUCUUUAUUUUGAGCUGACAGUCACAUUUUUAAAGUUUGGGGCAUCAAAUCUGGUGAGAGUUUUUAUUUUUCUUCAUAUAAAAAAAACAAACAAAAAAACUAUGUCCCCUUUAGUUCUCCAUCACAGCAUUUUAGCUCCACCCACCCUCCUUUGUCCGCAAAUCAGACAAUAGACUUCCAUUAAAAACCAUUUCCAUUUGACAGUGUGUUUAUGGCACCAUAACAACAUAUUACAACCUUCUUUUUGCAGUCAGUCGAUCAGCAGGGCUCUAAAUUUGAGUUUCCGACGGUGAUACAACAGAUUGAGCCGCACAUAAUUCAUUCAAGGACUGAGUAUGUUUGAAGCGCUGAUUCAUCCACUAAACGAUGAAUGAAACUUUACAUGCCGAUUGUUUAAAAGAUUUGAGUCGAAAAAGUAAGAAAAAAUGUUUAAAAAAGAUUAUUUUAUGAUGCUAAUCUGCAUGUCUGUUUUGGGGACAAAGUCGGCUGGAUGGAGCUUCAAAUAUGAAAAAUUGGCACAACAAAAAGGAUUUAAAUUCAAAAUCAGUUUAAGUUCUCAUCACUGACAUGGCCCAGACUCUUUUUAUUUAAAAAAAUGUAUCCAGGUCAUUUUGUACGGGAAAUAUGGUGAUUUUAUGUUUUUUACCGUUAAAAUAGCAACAAUGACAUGUUGCACAAAAACUGGCAUAAAAAGGGUGUAACAUCAAAUUUUUUAUUUAUUAUUUUUUUAACUGUCAGGGAUGAAGUUGUUUAAAAGACUUGAGUUGAAAAAAGUAAAAAAAGGAUUAUUUUAUGAGCACUUAUCUGCAUGUCUGUUUUGGGGACGAAGUAGGCCGGAUGGAGCUUAAAAUCAACAGGAACCGAAGGCGAGAGAGGAGCGCGUUCACACUGUAAAACUACCACCUUUAAGACUAUUUCUUACUGAUUAUUAUCAAAGCUGGAAACUUUCCAUGGGAAUUAACAGGAUCAAUCAACAGGGAACUUGGAUAUAGUUGGUGAAAAUAUAUUGAAGCGUAAUCUUGACUAAAACAACCAGAUUUAACACAAGUACAGAUGAUUUCUUGAACCCUGGAGGCCACACCUUUGAGCCCACGAACUGUAUAAAGUCAAGUAAGUUUGGAUAAUAUUAUGGGGUGGAUAUUUAUGAUCUAUAAUAGUAUAAAUAUUAAAAAAUCUAAUAAAAAUAGGUGCUAAAUGAAAGCUGUUUUUCAUUUCAUUGACCGUUUAAGAGGUGAGCUUAUUAUGUUGGUGGUAGCGACCUCAAAUGUGAUUCUGUUUCUUUGGUUUUCUGUAACUGAACAAUCAUUUAUACAUCAAUUAUCAGAUAUUUUGUAGAUUAAUUGCCAUUAAUUGUAUUAUUUUGCAUGAAAGUCUGCUUAUGACAAAACAACAAUAUGAACAUUUAUGUUUGGAGAUGAUACGGUUUGUUUAAAAUUUCCCCCAAUUAACCAGUUAAUCCCUAUAAAUUCCCAGGUAAAGUUUGUGGAAAUUUACUGGAGAAUUUUCUGCCCCUUUGCAACCGUAUUGAUUAUUGCUGAUAUAUAUCCCAUCAGUAUUCAUCCAUGCUUCUGCCAAGAGACGAGAGCACAAUAGGAGAGAGGCAGGAGGACCUGACGAAGCCUGGAUCUGUGGGAUCUCUGCUGUUCUUAGUGUGUGGGCGAAGAGUUACAAUCAAAGUGUUUGAUGCUCAAGGAAAAGUUGACUCCCUCUGCUGCGAGGAAUCUAAUCUGAUAGAGAGAGGAGGGAUGAGAGAGAGAGAGAGAGGAGGGAUGAGAGAGAGAGAGAGAGAGAGAGAGAGAGAGAGAGAGAGAGAGAGAGAGAGAGAGAGAGAGAGAGAGAGAGAGAGAGAGAGAGGAGGGAUUGGGAAAGGAUGAAUGUUACCGAGUGGGGGAGGGGGCUUCAUCCAACAUGUAUGAACAGUAGGAUUAGACAGGGAUAGUCCAAAAAGCCAAGUCCUGCUGUGUGCCUUUCCACGCUGUUACAUCACAGUCUGUUCACGGGAGGUUUUUCUGUCUCUGAUGGUUCAACAGAAGGAGAGGAGGCAGCUGCAGGAUCUGCCUCCAGGAGCACAAAACAAAAAAACACACAAACAGUCAAAUCAGAGGAGAAAUAUUUGUUUAGCAGAGGAUGAAAUGAGACAGAAAAAGAGUUGUUCUUCAUUAUUUAUGAGUCAUUUCUCUCUGUACUGUAUAUUGAAGUCAGCUGAACAUGUUCAGGCAGCUCCAUCCUCAUCCUCUCACAGCCGGCCCCCUCCCCCUCCUGCGCACAGCGCGCAAAAACCGCCUGUAAAUUCUCUUUAGGAGCAUUACGGAGCAAGAUGGCGCUCUGCUGUCAGCACCUCGGACAGUUCCGAGCGGCUCCGACCCCGAACUGAAGCUCUGAUCCGGUUUCUGCUCAUUUAUGAAGGAAUCACGUGUCUGAUUUCCAUCUGUGUCGAGGCUUUCAGAUGAUGUGACUGCGUAAAGCUGCGCCAAAAACGGGGGAUUGCUUUUCCUGGACCUCCGCUACCGAACGGGACUCUGUGGUCCAGCUGCACCUCCACUCUUGAUCUUGGAGUUGAGGAGGUAAAAAAAUAAAAGAACCGGCCUCGGCCUGCUGUGACUUCUUCACACCAGAGGAAGAGGAAAAGGAGGAGGAGGAGGAGGAGGAGGAGGAGGAGGAGGAGGAGGAGAGCGCGCAGCCUGUCCGCAUCUGUCUCAAUCGCCGGUACGAGGAGAAAUGGAGGGAUCUCGCGUUGAGGGAUCUCCAGGGGCAAAAUGAAGCGGUUCUCGAGAGAUAAAGUCGAUUAAUCAUUACCGUCCGAGCUGUGCGAGUCUCCCUCUCCGGUGAUGAAGAUGUUGGUGCUCCUGGUGAUGAUGUCCUCGGUGGUCUUCAGCCCCGGCUUUGCCCUCAGCUCCCAUUUCAGCCCAGGUAGCUACGGCGACAUUCCGCUGCUGUGUGAUGCUGUUAAUGUGAUUUUUAUUACAUAAUAGAGCGUUAAAUAUCUGCAUGGAGACCGUGGUCAGUGUGGGACACCCACACAUCCUCUAGUCUAGUGUUUGAAGGCUACAGGGUGUAGAAAUGAUGUAAUCUGCCGUCUCUGCAUGUGUGUUCAUUUAUUCAGGCUUAAAGGUGCAGUACGUAUAAAGGUGAGAGUGCACAGGUGAAGGUAAAGGCGGCUUCUCAUUGGAGCAGAGGGAUGUAGCUGCUGUUAUCCAAUUAGUGCCUGAAAAGAGAAAGGAGAAGAGGAUUAUGGGAGACGGCGGUGAAUGGAGGCAGAUCUCCCCUUCUCUGUUUUCUCUCCACAUCGCAAUGAAAUAUUCAGAUCUCUCUCUCUCUCUCUCUCUCUCUCUCUCUCUCUCUCUCUCUCUCUGCGAGUGCGAAACGCCUCUGUGUGUGUUUAUUAUGCAGCAUAAGCAGCUACAGCAGCCUGUCAUUCAGGUGGUUUCUAUGGCAACCAGAAGGCGCAGCAGCAGCAGCAGCAGCGGUCUCGAGCUUUUCCAAUCUCCAACAGAGACGAGGAAAAAAUGGAUUUCCUCCCACAGUGGCGUGUUUAGUCCUGAAAAUCAAAGCUAAGAUGUCCAAGAGUUUCCCUCGACUUCAUCUCCUCCAGAUGCGCCGCUCUUUUGUUUCUGCCCUUUUCAGAGCUCAUUAAUAGCUUUUCAUGAAUCCCCCUCCUCCUGACCACCAAAACAGACCAACACAAGUUCAUUCCUACCAAACAACACAGGGAAAGUGUUUUUUUUCCUCUUUGAAUCCCAGUUGGAUUCGAAGCUGUUUCCUCUAAUCCUGAUUUCUGCUCAGAUCCACGUUUGUAAGUUUGGGCUGAGUGUAGGUGUCCGUCCUCGCUGCUCUUGUUCCUUACUUACUCCUACAUGUUGUGCUUAUAAAUAAAUACACUUUUUUUCUCCUUCAGGAUCCUACAAAGAUUCUGGAAUCAUGACUGGAGUUGUUUUAGAGGAAGAAUCAGGGAGACGACAGCGACUGAUCGUCUUUGCUUUUAGUCGAGCUUCGGUUUCAUCUGCGAACCUGAACUCACGUCUGAAUCUCUGCAGAGAUGUUUCUGUUGAUCGUCUCAGACCCAGUUUAAUGAAGAUCAGUUCUUUUGACUGAGCUGAAUCUUUAGAAUCCGUUCAUUUAAAUGAAUCGUUCAAAAGAUUCGUUCACAGGAUCAGUCGGUGCUUCGGCCUGUCCUGUCGGUGCGGGACACCAGUGUGACUCUAGUUGAUCGGGAGUUUGGUCAUUGAAUGAGCCCCUCCCCUCCCCGUCGUUCACUUGGUGACACAUGUCUAGGGCUGGGGCGAUUCGUCGAUGAAAAAAACAUGCGUCUACUUUAGCAUAUAUUAACAUGCUUGAUACCGUACGUACCAACACUCCCGUUUCCCCGGGACUCUCCUGUAUUUCCCCGCCCACCCGUAUCGUCAUUUCUCCCAUAGGGAACCUCCCGUAGUUUGAUGGUCGACGUUCAUUCAUGAAUCAGAUCACUAUAUUUGUUUCUGCUGAGCCUCACAGACUCUGGAUUGAUACUUUGACUUUACAGUUUGGGAUGAUUCAGGUCGGUUUGAGCUGUAAACUUUAUUUAAAAAGUGUUGAGAAAUGAAAAAACACAAUGAAUCCGCUGAUAGUCUUUCACCGUCUGGGAAUGAUGCGUUCAGGGCAGCCUCGGAUAAAAGAGAGCUGUAUUUCACACACAGAUGUUCAGAGAGCAUGUAAAACAGAUGAGGACUUUAAUAUUAGUGGACUAAAUAAAUUCAAGUCUUAUCAUAACUAUUAUUUUUUCUCUUAUCAUUUGUUGUUGUUAAAACAGAAAAGUGUUCAGCUUCACUCAGACUUAUUUGGAUGAAUAAUCUAAAUACAAAAACUCUCAUAAUUCGCUCAUAUCUACCAGACGAGGUAACCCCAAAACUGCCCGACGCAAAAAUCUCCCAGAUUUUAUAAAAAAUGAUUUCUUUUGUUUGAUUUCAAGAGAUUCUUGACUAAAUCGUUGAAUUAAAUACUAAUAGGACAAGUUUUUACUUUCUAUUUUGGUUCAAUUCAUUGUUAUAUUAAUCGGGUAAUAAAAAAUUAGAUAAAUUAGUCGAUAGAUUAGUCGACUAAUCGAAGAAAUAAUCGAUAGGAAAAGAAUCGUUAGGUGCAGCCCUACACAUGUUGUUCGUUCACCGAGUCGUGAAGGAAGAAUCACUCUCCUGUCCUGAAAAAUCACCUCUCUGUGUGCCGCCGAUGUUCGCAUCAUGACACGAGUGAAACAACCCAGCAGAAAGCAGCGCCCCCUGCUAAACGAGCGCGAGUCGUCGCUCUUUUAUAUUGCAGAAAAGUGGAGAAAAUAAAAAUAAAUACACAGUGAACGAACCGGUGCUCAGCAGUUCAUGAACGGCGCUACGUCCCUCCCUCCUCCGCCUGCCUCAAGUCGUUCAGAAGUUGUUUGUUUUGUUCGGUGAAUACCUCGAAUCUUGCAACGCAAAAAGAUACAAAGGAGCCCACGGCGCCUGUACAGCCGAAACAGACGAUCAUUCAGUCCGCUUCCGCUAGAGCAACGCCUUAUGACAAAACGCCAAAGAGACACAAAGACCUCACAUGCUACCAAUAAACUCGGUUAGAUUUCAUUUUUUAUAUCGAGAUGAAUAUCGAUGAACUUUUCCCCUUAUCGCCCAGCCCUACCUCAAAGUAGCUUUUCUAUUUUAUUCAGAGUUUUAUGUCGAACCAGAUUCUCUGAACCUUUUUAUCUCCAUCUGCUCGCUCAGAUGUUUUCAUAGUUUGUUUGUUGGAUGUGUCGUCAGUUUUUAUGGAUACUUUCAAUGAGCAGAAAUGGGAGGAGAAAAGGAGAUCUCCCUCUCGUGUCUGACAGUGAUGACCUCUGAGCGUGGCGCUGUAGGGAUGACAUCACAGCCUGGUAAAGGCGGGGAGGGGGGGGUGUAGUCUUUCCUGGCAGUGCUGGCAGCUUUCCUGCGCCCCGGGUUAUCCAUCUCUCAUUUCUCAGUGGACUCACGGCUCUGUCCACAGCAGUGCGCUCUAAUUAUACGGAUACAAAACAGAAGGUGUGAGCUCCAAACCUCCGUGGACCUCCUUCUCCAAACUACGGGGUCUGAGCGCUGGAGGAUGUGGGGAAGGAGCUGGAGGAGCAGGUAAACUCCGGGGAGAGGAGGGGGUGUUGGCUUGGAUGUAGAUCUCUGCAGGCAGCCGUCUUUGGGUCUUUACCCUCUAAAGGAAAAUGAGGCAGGAGUGAAAGCGGAGUGGAGAUAAGGUUUGAUAGAAAAAGAGAGAAACCGACUUAAAAGGUUGCAUCAUUUUCUAAGUAUGAAGACUUGAUGUUUUGACAGGAAGAGGAGCUCGCCGGAUAAAUAAUUCACCGCCGUGAUCUUAAAGAAGAGCUCUGACUGUGGACUGGAUUCAAGCCUGUUACAGCGAAUCAACUUCCAGUGAAACCUCCGACUCUCUCUCCCCUCUCUGUUGUCUGUUCACAUGAAAAAAAAGCUGCUCUGAUCUGAAGCAGGAUUUGUUGUUUUUCCUCCGUCUUCUCGCUCAGAUCAGUUCAGGAUCGAAAAGGCCCAGAGUGUCUUAAGUGAGGCUGCUGCAGACCGGCCUCUGAUUGCUAAUAGCUCCUGUGUGUGUGUGUGUGUGUGUGUGUGUGUGUGUGUGUGUGUGUGUGUGUGUGUGUGUGUGUGUGUGUGUGUUUUAGUGUGUUUGAAAUCUGAAGAAUAAUAGCGGCUGAUUGCAUCCCUAAAACCAAUUUUUUUGUUGAUGGAAAUAAACGGAGUGGCGCUCGUCGGUCUCCGCCUCUGUUGAAAUUAAAUUCACUCUGUUGUGAUUGUUGUGACUCUUUGUCAGCGUCGGAUAAACGGAAAAGGACGUCAACACUCUCAGGUUACAGCGCAGAAACACACUCACGUUUAUCGACAGAGCAGCUCAUUUUGCAUUCGCCUCAUCAAUGAGCUUUAUUGAUCAUCUCCAAAACAACACGACUGAGUAUUUUUCAUUUUCGUGUUUGUGCUCCUGAGCGAGGUUCACCUCCACCUGUCACUUCCUGCUCUGUUGUAGAUCUGACUGAUGGGACGGCUGAUGGAGUUCGACAUCAGUCACAUGUUUGGAUCUCCUCCAUCCUGCAGCUCUGAUGGGGGACAGUGGAGGUGGUGUUGGAGCACAGAGGCUGUUAUGGUGUUGACAGAAGACACAGGAGGUUUAAUGGCUGUUUGGUCCUCAGAGGACGCUGACGUAGAUCUGGAAUCAGGAGGAGAGGAAGAGUUAGAGAGGAAAACUGUGUUGGUGUUUCAGAACCAUGGACAGCUCCAACUGAGGCGAUAGAUAACGUGAAUGUGUCAGUAAAACUCAUUUAUUCAGUAAACAUAUUUACAGCUGUGGGCUAUAAUAGGGCUGGGCGAUAUGUCCUCAAAUCAAUAUCAUGAUAUAUUGAUCAGUUCACCUCAAUAACUGAAGCUCUGAAUUAUUGUUAGAUGUGCGUCAAGUUUGAUCGAUUUAACCUGAAGGUCAAGAGGCUCUGGAUUGUUAAAUACGUGACCAAGAAAAUUUUAGAAGAAAACAAAAAUGUGAAGUUUUUUUUUCGAUCUGCACGUACGAAGUCCAUAUGAAGUGAUUUUAACUUCUCUAAUGUAUUAAGAACACGUUCAGAACAGCGGACAGUUAAAAAAAGUCACCAAGAACUCUUUAAGAUAAAGUUCCACAACCUGUUUUGAUGGUUUGUCCUCCAUCUCCUCACCUGUCUUUCCCUCAUUGUUACAGACUAGAUGGGGCGGAGUCAUGUCUAAGACGUAGGACAGCGUCUUACCCCGUAUUUCCACCGCAUCUUGAACGGCUCCGAUCCGGAACGGCGGCGAUUUUCGCUGUCUGCCAAUCCCUACCAGAUCAGUUUAUGAGGCGAACUUCUUUGCUGAUUUUGAACAGCAGUAAUCACGAGAACUUUCAAGAACCUGCGGAUUCACGUUCAAUCGCACGAUAACAAGUUGUCUCUAUAAAGACAGACACAUAGACAUAUAAGCAGUAGAUGGUUUCCUUCCAGAGGAGAAUCUACUUCUAGACUUCUAGAAUCAGCAUCUCCUCAUCCAUGGUGUCAUCAGGGUGAAAUGACGUCUAAAAACCUUUCACUUGUUCGUCUCCGCCCGUUUGCAUGGUGUGAAAUACGAUCCUCCUGAAACACGGAGUGUUUUAUUUUGAAAAGAAGCCGGAUGUUUUAUUUUGUGUCUGUGCCCGACUUCCUUUCCAGCACGAGUUAAUCUGUGCUGAAUUUAUCGGCAUGCUCUGGCAUCUGCAGCGGAACGUAAAGAAGUCGGUGUAAAUCGACACGUUAACUUGAAUAGUUACGAUCAGCUGCGAUCGGCUGAUAGUCUUUUCGCAGCCGUUCAGGAUGAGGUGGAAAUUGGGGGUUAAAGGGACAUGAGACCAUAGUCUACCUCCACAUCCAAAACCAACUUUAAUCUACUUAUUUUUUUAACACUGAAUAUACAGAUAUGGACAAAGUGACGUUGGUUUUGUUGUAAAUUUCAGUCUUUGUAAAUCUUCGGUUUAUCGCCCAGCCCUACAGCUCCGUCUCAGCCUGCGGAUCUCAUCAGUGGUGAAAUAAACAUCUGAACUCCUCAUAAAUUCCUGUAUCAAACAGGAACGUUCGUAUGAAUAAGAAGUCGUGUUUACAUGUUCUGGAGUGGACGCUCCAGGCCUGACUCGUUCCUUCCAGAGAGAUCGGAUCUGUUUACAUCCGUGUUCCUGAGCUGCAGCCACCGUCUCUGACUCCUGCUGCUGCUGCAUUGCUGCAUUUCUUGGCGCUGCACCAACUGAUAAUCGGCCAAACAUGCUGUUAGAGAAGACUCUCUGAAUCACCAUCCCUGUUGCAGAGAUUUUAAUACUCUGGGGUCGUCUUUAUUUUCAAGAGUGGAAUUUCAGAUCCUGGUGUUUUCUGAGAGUCGCGUCCUUCUGUCUCUUUUUGUCUCUGUGCAGAAAAAUCAAGAGUAACUUCAGGUCCUCUGACUGAGGCCUGAAAAUAAAACAAUCUGCUCUGCGGAUGUUAUCAGGCCAGCUAUGAUUUCUUUUAUGACUCUGCUGGCCUGUGUAAUCAUGAGCCUUCGGGGGAAUCAUUUUAUUUCCUGCUUCCGUUUUGGCCUCUCAGCUGAGGCAUUAAUGACAAAUUGAUUUGCUUAGGAGCAAUACUCUUUUAGAGAGACCUCCAGUCGUGGUCUUUGCCCAGUUUGCACCAGAGGGGCCGAUCACAAGCUUUCCAGACAUCCAUGAAUUAGGAUCGUGAUUCUCUUUUAGGUCCUCGUCCACUUUUGGUUUCUAUUUCAUAAACUUUUCCACUUCUUUUUGUCGUCUUACUAUCUGUAGUGCUCCUCUCACUCUUGACCUUUCCACCCGACCGCUGCCAUCCUCACUUCAGUCGAUUUCCAUCUCUCCAUGAGGCGCACUCUGGAGGCGCUCCCAGCCCCCGCAGUAUCACAGCACGGCUGCUGAGCCUGUGAUUUAGAGGGAUUCAUCGCUGUCCACGCUAGCCUGGCUGAGAAAUGGGGCAAUUGGCUCAGACCAGGAGAGAGAGAGAGAGAGAGAGAGAGGGAGAGAGAGAGGAGGAUGAUGUCAGCUGAGUGAUGAGAGUGAAAAGGAGAGAAGAUUUCAGCCUGAUAAAGACUGACCACAGAUCAGAUCAGCUGACCGUCCUCAGAAUAACAACACAACCGUCCACCCCAAACCUCCACCUGCUGCGACGCAAACCAGACCCACUCACACGUUUGCUGUUGAGUUGAUUUAUCCGCCCACAGGGACAGAUUUUCAGACGUGAAACCAUUAAAUCAUUUUUUAGACUUUUAAAGGACGAAGAGACAAAACAGCAGAUACUUCCUUCCUGGAGUUAUUUCCUCUGAAUCUCUUUGAUUAUUCAAAGACUGCGCUGCUUCCUCUCUCCCUCUCUUCCUCUCUUCCUCUCUCUCUUUCUCUCUCUCUCUCUUUCUCUCUCUCUCUCUCUCUUCCUCUCUCUCUUUCUCUCUCUCUCUCUCUCGCUCAAACAUGCUUCGUCAUGAUUUGCACGUGAGCAGGCGACCGCCACACGUGAAGCAGCUUCAGCCGGAGGACUCUGAUUGUUCGUGUCACGGUGGGAGUGAGGACACGGCGAAGGAGUGUGUGUGUGUUAUUUCCUCCUGAAGUUAGUGUGUGAGUGUAUGACACCAGAACGUGUCACUGUGUGUGUGUGUGUGUGUGUGUGUGUGUGUGUGUGUGUGUGUGUGUGUGUGUGUGUGUGUGUGUGUGUGUGUGUGUGUGUGACAGCGUUUGCUCCAGUUUCUCAUUUCUGGCCGUUUCCCCACCUCUUCUCGGUCACAGAUGAGCUCAUCUAAUAUUUAGAACAUCAGUCACCCGUCCUGGAUCAGCGUUCCCCCGUCACAGCCAGUCCGGUCCCACACAAUCAGAGCUGGACACACACACUCUCUCACUCUCUCUCUCUCUCUCUCUCUCUCUCUCUCUCAUACACACACAGUGUAUUUCCUGUCUUUGAAUGACAAAUGAAUGCAAAUACAGAAUCCGUCUCCGAUCAGGUUUAUUGACAGAUAACUGGCGGUCUGGUCGUGGUUGUUUACUGGAGUAGGUUUCAUUCAGUCACAGAGCGUUCGUUCUGUUCAUGUAGGAGGACACAGAGUUAGACACCCACUAAAGAAAUGAUCAUAAAUGUUCUUCCUUGAGCUGAGACACCCCACUGUUGUUUGCAAUGGACUGGCCUGAGGUCUCUCUACAAACAAGCGGCUGCUGGAAGAGAGUAGGUGAGUUGGUAAAGAAAUGAGUCAAAGUUAAAAAGAUGUUUGGUGUCUAGUACUAUGUCUGUGACCCUAUAUGUCCUGUUGAUGAAGUUAGGUGCUGUUCUGAGCAUUAUUUGUGGCUAUAGAGUGGCGUUUUGGUUGAGGGCGUGGCUCUCUGUAUUACAAUCCUGCUGUCGUUACUAAAGUUGGUAUAACUAGAGAAGCAAGCGGUCGACAACAUUCAUCUGUGGAGGGGGGGGUCUAACUCGGUGUUAUGUCGUGUUUGACCCUAAAUUAAUUUCACGCAGGAAUAUCCCUUUAAUUCACAAGCGUUUCUAAAGACUCACUCAUGUGACCGCUCAUGUUGAAUACAUGAGAAGACAAGGCAGGGAGAGCAGCAGCAAAGAAACCGUCUUUUUCAACUUUAAAACGUCUUAUUGGUCUGAAUUUUACCGUGAGGAGAUAAAAUAAUAGUAACAAUAACAACAUAAUAUGGAAAUAUAAGGUUUGAUGAUGGAGGAGCACACCUCACCUCCUCUCUUAUCUGCAUAUAUGAAACACCAAGGCAGGGAGAGCAGCAGCAAAGACCACAAGACUGUGAGCGGUGAAGGAUGUGACUUUUUCCUCUCGCAAAAAUCCAACGAGCACGGUCGUGAAAAACCCGAUGAAGGAUGGCGGUCAUGUUUUUCAGUCACCUCUCCGUCUCAGAAACAAAACCACUCUGUGUAUUUUUAACAGUACACACACACUCACACAAAUAUGGAUAACAGUUCAGAUCUUAGGUUUCAUGGAGGGGAAGUAUCUGUACAGUGAGCGCUGACCCACUUAGAGAGCUGGCAUACACUGUGAGGAGAGAUCCUUAUAUCAAAGAUGUUCUGUGGUGUUUAAUGGAUAUACAUGAAGUCUCUUUGUAGUCUCAGUGUACAUCCACAUCUGAAGCUUUCAUAAGAGACUUGUGCGGCUGAAUCCUGAUCAUCAGUGUUACGUAAAGCAGCGGUUUUUAUCGUAUUUAUUAUCGUAUUUUUACGUAUUAUCGCAGGUUUUGUUUGUAGUUUAUACCGACUCCAAACUCUGAGCAGGUACCGACCAUUUCCCCCCAAACACAGGAGGUACCCGGACAUAAAGCUAUUUCUCAUCCAGCCACACAUCAUAAUGAGGCCGCCUGGUACACCAAAAGUGUCUCCAUGGCAACCGCGCUUCCACAAAUCGGGCGCACAACAGGGAGGCACUUUGGAGCAGGUCCGCUUCCUGUGAUCAGGAGAUCAUGGCGGCAGACAGACGCACAUCUCAAACCGGGACAGACAGCGCGGUCUGCGGAGAGAUGAUGAUGAUGAUGAUGCUCGGUGGCCUCGCUGCGCUUCACGCCAGCCUUCAGGGGGGAAUCAGGAAAUCACCGCCACAUCUCUGACUUUUCUCACCUGCAUCAUUAGAAGCUCAAACCCUUUCUUGAAUUUACCCUUCUUCUACUUUUCAGACAGGAAGUGCUCGGUUUGCACGCUUUCUUCUUCCUCACUCCAACAGCGAUCUGAUCUGAACCCGCUCGCCCUGCACCCCUAACAUCCUUUAGCGCAGCUUUAUUAGUGCAAAUAUUUGGAGGCGACCCCCGCCGUCUUCUUCUCUCACUGGCGCUCUUGCUUAUUGUGUUAUCAUACAUUGUUAAUGUCGUUACAUAAGGACGACACAGGCACGGCUCGCCGCUUUCAUUUUUCAUGGAGCAGAAACAUUUUCUGCAGCGAGAAACUGGAAUCACAGCGAAGCGAGUCGUGACAGAAGAAAACACUUCAUAUAGAAGUAAAAGACGUCGUUGGUUUUAUUCAAUCAUAAAUAAACGGUCGUUUAUUUAUUCAGCCGGUUUCCUCCUCCACAGGAGAAGCUUCUUUAUUCAUGUCUUACUUUUGCUCCUUCAGCCUCGUCUGAGCAGGACGGACCUGCAGGAGUUAAAGGCUGAUGUUGAUGUUGAUGCUGAUCACUGAUUUACGACUCUUAUCCACAAAAUCUAAAUGGUCAUAAAAGUUCAAAGCAGACCUGUCAGCUGAGAGUGAUAUUAUGGGAUGUGUGGGGAGGAGGGCAGAGUACAGUUGUUGAAGGUGAGGCUGGAGUUUUGGGUUGUUCUGGUGUGGGAUGUGGGUCUGAUGAUGAUGAUGAUGAUGAUGAUGAUGAUGAUGAUUUGUUCAGCUGCAGAUGGUUUCUUUGCAUCCAUUUUUGUAGUUUCAGUGAGACAGUUGCUGAGUGUGGAGUGGGUGGUGUUGGUGGAGAUGUUGUCGAGGUAACAGUGAAACUGGAAACUUUGAGUUUUAGCUUUAAUUUUUAUAACUUUUAAAUGAAACUCAGCAUGGAGGCGACUUUAAAGACGGUGUUCCUCCAGAGUCGUCUUUUAAAGCAUCAACAAAAACGAAUGUUUCAUUGAACCUUUUAAAACACAGUCGGAGUAAUUCAAUUCAGUUUGAUUGACACAACUUACAAGGUGUUCAGCCAAUCAGAGUGAAGGGUUUCAGGUCCAUAUUUACACACAGCCAUGUCCAACAAUCUUUUAAAAUCUCCUGCAGAAGAUUUCUGUCAGACAGAGAACAGUUUUACAUCGUGACCCCCGAUUUAACCGCAUCCUGAACGGCUACUAAAAGGUCGUAUCCGCCGAUCGUAGCUGAUCGUAACAAUUUACGUUAAAGUGCCAAUUUACACCGACUUCUUUACGUUCCUCUGCGGCUCACGAGAGUUCUGUUUUUUUCCGGACGCCGGAGCAUGGCGGUUAUCGCGUGAUUGCACGUCAAUUUGUGGGUCCUUGUGAGUUCUCACGAUUCCUACUGUCCGUAAUUCACCACGAAAUUCACAUUACAAACGGAUCCGUUAGGAAUUGACGGACAAAAAUUGCUGCCGUUCUGGAUGCGGUGGAAAUUGGGGGUUAGUGUUUGCAUAAGUUAUUUUCUCUCUUAUUAUGAUGUUAUCCUGAUUAUUAAAACUUCAUGCAAACAGAGCUAAUGAACAGGAACAGGCGGGAUGAUAUUGGACUAAAUCUCAGUGAAAUUAGAUCGAUGACUAAACCGAGCUGGAGGACGAUGAGCUCCGAUGAACAAACACGGACCUGCAGAGCCGGGAGAUAAAUAUUUACAAGCUUGUUGAUGUCGGGGAAACUUUGACACAAUAUUUAGUCAUUUUUAUCAUUUAUUAUAGAAAAAUAUUGAUUGCAGACGUUACAAGUUUCGAGAACAAACGCUGCUGCACUUUUCAAUAACAGGAACGGACAUGGACGUCUGAGAGCGUGUGUGUGAAGUGUGUGUAGCACUCAGCAGCUCCUCUGAGGUGUGUGUGAGUGUGUGUGUUUUUAUUAUGUAAUUGCCCUGCAUGGCAUCUGUGAAGUGAUGUCACAUCUGAGCGUGUGCAGUCAGCGCCGGUGGGGACAGAGGGCAGGAAGAGGAGCUUCAUUCUGCUUCAACGGUUCCUCUCUUCACCCACCGCAGACGGAGGCAGCAGGGCCAGCAUGAUAAUAAACGGAGACACAGACAGAAAAGAGAAGUCUGAGAGAGGAAACGGGGUUUGAGAAGUUGAAGACAGCUCUCUGGGGAGGAUGGAGGAAAAGUGGGGGAACUAAUAAACAUGGAGGAGGUGGAGGAUCCACGCUCCACGCUCUGUGAUGUGUGAUAGUUGAUAUUUUCUGCGCUCCAUUGAGUAUGAGAUGAUUCAUCCAGAUAAAAACCCACAAACUGCAGAAGCGCGUUCACGCUCCGCUCAUGCUCUCAGAGGUUCACUCAUCUGCAGCGUGUCAUGUUCCCGCUCUGUCCUGUUUUCCCCUCUGCAGUUUGUCGGGUGUUCUCAGCGCUUUAACACUCUACCUGUGCAUGCACACACCACGCUGCUCCACUUUCACCACCAGAACUUCAUAACGUCAGACUCACACGGUGAGUUAUGAACAUCAUGACGAGUUCACGGAGGGUUUUUGAUUCUGUAUGUUUUGCACAGAAUGAAAAAUUCACUUUAAAGCACUAAAACCUUCAAAAAUGUGUUUAUAGAUUUGAUAAUGAUGAGAUGUAGAGAAGAGGAUGUGCGCUCCUCCGGCUUUGGGGUUCCACCUGUGCACACAUCGGUCUCUGACAUCUGGCCUGUUCUCACGCAAAGGCAGAGAGGUCAACCAAGAGGGUCUUUGCUGCUUCUCGACCUGGUUUGGCUUUUUGCAUGUUGUGAAAAUGAGGGGAGGUGCACCAUCCCGGCCUCAGCUUUAACCCUGACUCUGAUCCUAACUCAUGGCUUUUAUAAAUGCUCAUGAAAAGGCGAGGAGAAGCUUAGUGACGAGCACAGUUGUUCUCUUAGAUGCACUGAAUCACUAGAAUCAGUUCGUUCGAAAGAUUCACUCAAAAGAUUUGUUCGUCGGUUCAGGAUUCAGCUUCUGGGACCGAGAGACGAGAGUGUUUGUCUGUGUUGCUUUGAAAACAGGUUUGUAAAAAUGAACUUUUUCAUAAAUCAUGAUGUUUUAAAGGGAUAUUCAGGCGUAAAGUUAAUGUAGGGUCAAACAAACCGCAAUACAGAGUUAAACACCCCCUCCAGAGAUGAAUGUUGUCGACCGCUUACUUCUCUAGUUAUACCAACUUUAGUAACGACCGCAGGAUAGAAAUACAGAGAGACACGCCCUCAACCAAAACGCCAAUCUAUAGCCACAAAUAAUGCUCAGAACAGCACCUAACUUCAUCAACAGGACAUAUAGGGUCACAGACAUAGUACUAGACACCAAACAUCUUUUGUGUGUGUGUGUGUGCAGUAGGGAUGUGCAUCUCCAUUACUGUGGCGAUUAGAUACCAUCUCGAUGCACUGCCAACAAUACGAUAUAAUUUGCGAUAAAUUGAAUCUCUGCCGAUACGAUACUCCAUGAUUCACCCGUGUUCUCGAUACGUUACGAUGAUUCACCUUCCAUCCCAAUAUGUUAAUUUUACCUCACUUAUCCUUCUGUAUGAACAUAUUUACAACUCAUGUUUACAUUUUCUGUAGUCAAACUUUUACAUCGAGCAUGUUUGACUUUUGAAAAGUAAAGAAAUUAAUAAUUUUUGCAGAUCCGAUUUUGUUUUUUUUGAGUGUUUUGUGAUUUUCUCGUUCUCACCCGUAUUGCUGUUCGCCUCCUGCACUCCGGUAGCAGCGAUUUUCGUGACAUUGAUACCAUGUUUUUUUCAAGCGAGCGGCCAUAUUUGUCACGCUGCCGUUGUGAGGUUUAGAAGCGCGACAUUCUUUACAAAUAACGCAUGUCUUGUCAAGUUUACCAUCCCUUGUAAAAUCCAAAGAACCUCCAAACGUUAGAUUUGAACUUUUGCUGCUUUCCUCCGCCAUGAUUACUGAAGAGUGUGCGCGCUCACGGCUUCGGUCCGUCUUCAGAACAAAUCGUGAAAAGGUGAUGGUGCAUUCAAGACGCCUCGGAAACACAUGAUAGAAUCCAGAACAACAUGGAAAAACUGAUGCAACUGUGAAGAUUACCGAUACAGACACGCAGCGAGCGAAGCAUCACGAACUUCAGCCGUCAUUGUACUUAAUUCUCGUGCACGUCUGUGUCGCGACCACGAUCCGUAUCGAUGAAUCUCCACAUCCCUAGUGUGCAAAUUAACAGAGGAAGUGCUCUCAGAACCGCCAAACCACUAAAUUUAACUUUUAGUCUGCAAAUCAGUAAUUAUCUUGAACCAAAGUGGGCCGGCUGAUCCUGAGUAGGAACCUAAAACCUCAUUAUGUUCGUAUUAUUUCACCGUUUGUGUCGCCUCGUGGUGCUCUGUGCUCAUUAGAGCGCUGGUUAUUAUCACCCUGAUUUACUUCACGGUGAUUUUCUGUAAUUGUUUACUACUUUUGGUCUCCCUUCUGUUGAAUUAAAUCCCCGUGUCUCAUAAUUACUCAGCACAUUUUGUUUUUAUGGAGAAACACUCUCUACCUUGGCAGCGCCUCUGUUCCAGAUAAAAAAGCUCUGCUCUGAAAUGUUUCUCAUCACCAUUCAUGGAUGCCGGAGCAGGCGCACAUAAAACACUCUUCUUUUUUCACACCAAUAACAGGCAGACAGCUUGUAGGCCUGAUAACGCAGGCAGACUCAGGAAUAAUAGCCCGAGUCCUGCAGAAACAGACAACAGUGUUUUAAAAUGAUAUUGUUUGUUUUCCGCGGCUCUAAAAAGCUGGAGGAGAGUGAGAUGGAGGCAGACAGACGGAGAUAACAAAGCUGUGUGUUUUUAAAUGAAGAAGCUUCGGUGUGGAAAGGAUGUCGCCCGGAUACAACAACAGCUUAGAAAUGUCACCGAGAAAGCAGACGUCCUCACAAAGAAACCCCGGAGAGAAGAAGAGAAAGGCUGUUCAUCCUCACAUACAGUAAAAACACCGAGGUUGAGCUGUUUUCAGACACACACAGACACACACAGACACACACAGACGCUGUAAAUCCCAUCAUCCCUUGGGGACGCUGGUGCUGCGGUAUUAAAACGACGAGAACAGAGGAGGAGAUGAAGGCGAACAAAGGAGUGACAUUCGUGUUUGAUGUGUCGGGAGGUCAGUGGGAGGGAUGCCGCUCCACCGCUGCGUCUCUCUGUGUCGUGACCUUUGAACAGAUCACAUGCACUCUCGUACCUCGCUGUGCGGACACACACUCCGAGCUGAAAACCUGUAAAUAUUACCCGCUCUAUAGGAAGUGUUUGUUCGUCUCUCUCUGAGUGAUUGAAUCUCUGAAAUGUCAGCUGACAGCCUCGACACGGAAACGUCUCUUAGAUGUGACAGCAGGUUAUUAGACUGAUGGAUGCAGCCGAGACGGAGAGGAGCCGGAGUUUAUGUUUAAAAAAAACAGGAAAAUAAUCGACUGUGAGGGGACGCAAUCAGAGACGAGAGAUUAAUUCACUCAAGUGCACAGAUUAAAUUUGAAGUGUGAAGAAAAGAGCUGCAGGUAAAAACUCCAGAGAGAAAACCGUCGUUUACUCUCCUGAACCCGGUCAGAGUUCUGAGGAGUAAAACCAUCAUUUACAGUUUUCUGCUCAUGGAGGUGAAGAGUGGACUCCUCUUCUUUUGAUUCUUCAUUUCUUAUAUAUUUAUAAGUGUUUGAUAAUAAAACAGUCGGACAUAAAGGAAACUACACAAACUUAAACAUACAUAUGCAACACAAACACACAGAGACCCCCGCAGUCUUAGAGUAGAGACCGUUUCUGGUCUCAUGUCUCUGAAUUUGCAGCCUUCAUGCGUCUUUCUUUAACUCACAGCAGGUUUGUCCUCCACAUCUUUCUGGGACUUUUGCACGUGUUUCUGAAUUUGGUUCUUGUUCCUCCCGGCGUAGAAACUUUUACUACUCAAGGAUGACGAAUAGAAACCAAACGAAAACAAAGAUCUGUGACGAGAGUUUGAAAACGUGACCUGAAUCUGUACGAGACCAUCGACUAGACCGCUUAAACCAUAGACUGUAUAUAGAACAGACGCCGUCUGCCUCCUCGCUGGGUGAAUCCACUCCGAGAACAGCGCCCUCUGUUGACGGGCUGCAGUAUAGGUCAUAAAUUUAUUACACAGAAUAUAAAUGUUUCUCCCUCCUGGUUGUGAUGUUGACAUGUAGUUACUCCAUCUGUUUUUAAAAGUUAUUCGGGGGUUGAUGUUUUCUAUGAUUGACACCUGAUACAGCCUAUAGGUGUACGAAGAUUGCGUAGCUCACCCCUGGGAUACGAAAAUACUGAGACUGUGAGGUGACCAUACGUCCUCUUUUACCCGGACAUGUCCUCUUUUUGGGGGGCUGUUUGGUUUUGUCCGGGGGAGUUUAUAAAAUCCUCCAAAUGUCCGCGGUUUUGUACAAAGUUUUGAGUUUGUGUCGCGUGGACUUACCGAGUCACCCCUAAUUUUCAUCGCAUCCGGAAUGGCUGCGGUUUCCGCCGUCUGCCAAUUCCUAACGAAUCAGUUUGUGAGGCGAAUUUCGUUGCAGAUUACAGACAGCGGUAAUCGCAAGAACUCACAAGAAUCCGCAGAUUCACGUUCAAUCGCGCGAUAACAAGUUGUCUCUCUAGAGACAGACACAUAGACAUAUAAGCAGUAGAUUGUGUCCUUCCAGAGGAGGAAAUCUACUUCUAGACUUCUAGAAUCAGCAUCUCCUCAUCCAUGGUGUCAUCGGGGUGAAAUGACGUCUAAAAACCUUUCACUUGUUCGUCUCCGCUCGUGUUAUAUUUUGAAAAGAAGCCGGAUGUUUUAUUUUGUGUCUGUGCCCGACUUCCUUUCCAGCACGGGUUAAUCUGUGAUGAAUUUAUCCGCCAUGCUCCGGCGUCCAGAAAAAAUAGAACUCUUGUGAUCAGCUGAGGAGUCCGGCGAUCCGCAGAGGAACGGAAAGAAGUCGGUGAAAAUUGACACGUUAACUUGAACGGUUACGAUCAGCAGAUACAACCUUUUCGUAGCCGUUCUGGAUUCAGUGGAAAUUCGAGGUUAGAAGCGUGUAAAAAAACUUAACCCAACCCGAAAAACUCUCAAAAUCUACUACACACGACUCUGGGACUCCGUGACUCCGCCCCUGCGUAUUCAGAACUCGGUCACCCAAGUCAACUUGAAAGUCGGGGUUCUAGUUUGUUGGGGUUGACUGUUGCUAAUGUAAUCUUAAUGCUAAUUCAAUCACAGACUGAAAAUAUCAUUCUCUGACACCGAUAACACUGGAGCAGAGUAAAACUACUUUACAUGCAGAGCUGACCCACAGAGCCCGGGUGACUCUGUUCAUCUCGGUUCCUCCGCCGGACGUCCCGCUGCGCUGCACAUCGAGCCUCUGGGGAUCUGUGAGCAGAAUAAACCCGACGAGGCCGAGGUGUUUCUGCAGAGAGCCUCAGGUGGAGCCGUCUGCUGUAAGAGACACAGACAGGCAGAGCUGCACUCCGAAUACUGAGGUGUGUUAUCUGCCACAGCAUGAACACACACACACACACACACACACACUCGACACAGGUGACACAGAGGACUGUCCUCUUGUUUCCACGGGGCUGCUGAACUCCGAUAAUUCGUCUGCUUCAGGGAGACGUGUUUCACGCUUGGUUGCUCUGAAUUACGGCUCGGUGUGUAAUUAGGUUACGUUACGUGGACGGCCUGCUAAUGUGGACGGACUCUCUACACCGUGUGGAUGUCUAAUCCUGGGAGGACUUUCUGAGGUGAUUUCAAACACUUCUGCAGAUUUUCUGGAGGAUCUCCUGUUGAGCUGCAGAUCAGCGUCAGAAUGACAGAGAGGCUUCAGAAACAGACGUUCAGGGAGUCGAACUCCGUCACAGAAAAGUGUUCGAAAUUUACAGAGGAGAUGAGGCCCGAUUUUACGAGCCCGGUUAUUUUUAAAAACGGAAACAUCGGCGUACCUUUGGCGAAAGACUCCACCAAGCUCUUUUGUAUUUAGUUUUCGGUGCAGCAGGUGCGUCACGCAUCUUUUGUCUCUCAUAUAGAGUUUCAUAUAGAGUCUUUCAUCUUUAGGUGAUGGAGGAGGUUUCUGGUGUUUCCUCCUCCAGCAACAACAGCCACUGGACACUCUUUGCAUAGUUUUGUUUUUUGAUCAUUGUCGGAUUUUCUAAAUCCGAAGAAUCGGCCGGGAACAAACGAUGUCACGACUCACGCCCUUUUUCAGAGCUACUUGGUUGGGUCAGGUUACCUCCAUUUGCUCGGUACUGCCACUAAUCUCUGCGUCCGCCAUGACCACCACCAGUGAAGCUGUUUCUUCUUCUUCAAAACUAUGACAACCAGUCUGCUGGACCCAAACCUGACCAAUCAAACGAGCGAACAAACUCUUUACAACACGCUGGUGAAUAUACGGAAACGCACCCAAACAGACGCGCUCAGAUGCAGCAGACAUCCGUUCUCUCUCUCUCUCCGGUGUAAACGGUAACGCAGAAUUUCUACCAGAAGACACUUUUAUUCAGUCACACGGUUUAUACCGUCAUACCACCGAACACCAGUGGAGAUUUUGGGAAACUCUGUUUUCACGUUAAAGAGAGAAAAACAGAGAUCUGGGUUUGCAGACGGCAGACUGGGUUUAAUGCGACGUUGUUUACAAUCUACGGUGACCAUGGAUGCAGAAUAGUGGUCACAUUUAUUCUUGUACAAUCCUUUUAUAUUUGAAGUGACGAUGUUGUUGUUGUUGUUGUUGUUGUUGUUGUUGUUGUUGCUGCUAUGCAAGAUUCUGAUUGGCUAACGUGGGCUUGAGCUUCUGGUUGCACUGCCGCCUACAGGUUUGGCAUGCUAUUGACGACAUAUAUAAACACGGAUUGGUGUGAACGAAAAGUCUUCUGAAAACGUAGUGGUGUGAGAGGGUGAAAUGUUUGUUUAUGGAAAAAGUCGGUCACGUGUAAACGUAGUCUGAGUCUCAGUCAGAGUGACAUACUCAGAGUUUUCACACAAGUUCGGUCCACGCCAUUUCUGGGACAGAGAACAGCAGCGAAGAGAGGAAGGAGGACCUUAUUUGAGAAGUUUCAAAGACUAAAAGGAGAAAUUUAAAUUCACUCCUUUAAAACUGAUCCACUGUGUGUGAUCUGCAACCUUCUCUGAAAAGGGCAGGGGGCGCUCAAGAGAGAGUCAGACAAACCAAUGUGAAUAUUAUUUUUGAUGAAAGCCGUCCUAAAAUGAUCUGUUUUUUUUCGAUUUCUGAGACCUGAUCUGGUCUUGGGUCAGUGUAGGGUGAAAACAGACACAGGCGGUGUCUUCUCUACAGGCACUCACGCCAGGUAGUUUAAGUCUUCAUAGUAUCCUUAUCCAAGUCUUUUCAAAAUAAAAGCUUCCAGUUUUUGCUGCCUUGUUCUGAAAAAUCCAGACUCUGUCGACCGUUUCAGAGGUUAAAGCAGGACUCUCUAAAAUCACAAUACUGGUUUAUCUGCUCGACUCGAACUCAUCAAUAGUGAUUUCCAGUGUUUCCCAGAAUAUGAACUCCUACAUAACAAACCUCUGAAUCAGCUGUGGGAUGAACAUGUAGGAGGGAAACUGAGAGAGAAGAUAAAACAGGACUGCGUUUCCCCGUCUCACUGAGAUCAGCCUGUUUUUCAAGGACAAAACUGAGACGCGUUUCUCCUGAAUAAUGAGACGCUGAUUUCUGAUUUAUAAACCUGCAGUGUUUUAAAAGCCGAGCUCUAAAUAAUGGGACCAGCUUUUUCACACUCUGUCAAACGACGGCCUUGAAAGGACGUCGAACGCGUCAUUUCUCUUAAUGGUUUCGUUCGCUGUAAGUGAUUUUUUCUUCUGUGUUUUGCCAAAAUACAAGAGCGGAGCUUUUAAUUCAGGCCUCUCUGGUGUCAGGGGCAAGUUGUUCUUUGUUUUGGCACCGACUCUGUGAGCAUUAGGAGGGCAUUUGAAUUAGUCUGAACAGGAUUUGGGGGAAGCAGUCACCAUGGAAACCAGCGUUUUUUUCCUCUUUCUAACGGCCUGCUCUUGAGUCAGAAGCGCCGGCAGCUGUAGGAUAACAUUUGGUUGUGUUUGCAUUCAGCUCUGCGACGACAAACCAAACAUGCAGCAGCAGCAGCGGCAGCAGCGGCAGCAGCGGCGGUGUUGUCCGUCCACCUGUCCUGAUGGAGGAUGAAGAAAUGACCACAAACAUCAUCUCUGCGUCGUUGCAUGUGCAGCUGAUGCUCGCCACAUCACCCCUCACACAGACUGUAGCUCAUCAGCUCCAUGCAGGUCACAUGUGUUGGGUCCAUAUGGGUGUUUUUAACCAUCUCCUCCACCCGUCUGUUCCCCUCUGACUCCUCUGACUCUCCCUGUUGUCACCUCCUCCCUGUGGUUGAUAGAAACGUGGCGUCAGCAGAAGAGGAGCGAUCGCUGAUUUUACCGGCGGCAGCGUUUCAGGGAGGAUUCCUCUCUGUCACACAGACUCACUCGUUCUUUUCUCACCAUAAAAACCGUCUCUGGACGUUUAAACUCCUGACCCUCAUCAGCUGCCCUCUGCUCUGGAGGUCAUGUUGAGAUUUUCUGUCCAUCCUGCAGAGUGAAUUCGAUCAAACGCCACUGACUGGAAAUGUUCAGUUCAGGAUAUUUCAGUGUUUUUUUAUUGGGUUUGUUUUAGUUAUGUGAUGCUAACAUGAAUAUGAGCAGCAGUGGAUCCCUGUGAGCUCGGUCUGUUUUAACGAGACACUGCUGAGAGACCCGGCAUGCAAGCUAGACUACAGUUUUCUGCAGACAGCGGCGAGUCUGACAUGCAGUUUAAGAGACUCCGACCCGAACUUUCAUCUUGGUUUUAGUCUUCACUGAAAACUUUCCUCCUGGGGUGCGCAGAUGGCCGAGCGGGUUAGAGCACCCCAUGUUUGGGGACCAUGGUCCCUGCAGCGGUCACGGGUUUGAGUCCGGCCCCGACUAUGUGCUGCAUGUCCUCCCCCCUCUCUCUCUAUCUCCCCACAUUUAACUCUUUUCUGUCAAUAAAAGGAAAAAAUCGCCAAAAAAAAAAAACUCCUCCUGUGUUCGGGUCUGUUUUUGUUUUUAAACGCCUAAAAGAACCACUUAAAUUCGCUUUUUUCGCAACUUUUUGACUUUGUCAGGAACCUCUACUUCAACAAAAUAAAAAAAUCAAAUUGACUAAAUUUUAAAAUGCUCUUAUUAGAAUUAUGGCACUUGUCGUGUUAGUGUCGCUGUUGACCCGGUUAGGUUAAUAUCUAAUAAUUACAGGGAAAGAUUAAAGUCAUAUGUGCACUGUUAGGCACCACACGAGCCGAGGUUACAUCUGCAAAAUUUCCUUGAUCUGAAUAAAAAUGUGAGAGAUUAGAUAAUCUGAAUGUUUAUAUGGGUGCAAGUCAAAUAAUCCAAUCAUGGCGUGCGUUUACUGCACCGAGUUUUAUUCGGACAUGUGCAGAGUUGUCUGAUUUUGCUCAAACAAACGCAGAAGAAGAAGAAGAAGAGUCGUAUUUACGCCUGUGCUGUCAACAAACCAUCAAACGCGGUCGUGGCUCACUCAAUCCGAUUCAGGAGUUUUUCCCUCUGUUUAAUCUUGUCGCUAGAUGGCGCCCUUGCUUACUUAUUUUACUGCUCUGUCAAAGGUCGUACUGUGCGUGCAGAUGUGACGUCAUUACGCUGUUUGAGACGACAACUGAAACCUCCUGAACUGACCUUUAUAAACAAAGAGAGAAGACUGAGUCAGGUUAGAGAGUCACGAUCAGAAUAAGUGUUUACACGGACGUGUUUCGGAACAACGAUCGGCAUAAACCACCCCUCUUGAUCGGAAUACAAUUUCUUUCUGAUUGAGUCGAGUUGGAUCAGAGUCUUCCGAUCGGCAUGUUUACGUGAUGUUAUUUUAUUACGAUCUGACAUUUAUUCCGAUUAUUUGUGCCGAUGUAAAUGCAGCUACUGACAGUCAGAUCCUCUUCCAAUCAUGUGAGAUUUAGGGGAUUCUCAUCUUGCCGUGUUUUUUCCUGCACAGAAAAACAACGUUGGCAUGUCCAGACAUGGUAGACAAGGUAACGUCGAGAUGAGAAGUAAAUCAGAUGAUAGAGAAUUGUGUUUUUAGUGUAAUUUUCAGCUGAUUUAAGACCUGUUAAUAUAGUGGGUGUGUAGUAAAAGCUAACGAUAAACUGGGAACUUUGAUAUUUAGGAUCUCAGUUUUGCAUCGAUUAAUCAUCCUUAAAAUGCUGCUUUUUUCUAGUGUGUGUUUGUCGUUUAUUUGCAAACACACAUUCAGCUUCUUUGCUUCUCUGAUUGAACUUGAAUGUUGAAGAAACAAACGACUGAGUCGAACACGAGCAGCAGAGCGCUUGUAAUGAUCUGUAUUAUUAAUAGACUGCAGGAAUGCACUCACAUCCACAUCAUGAAACAGUGAGCAGGCGCUCUGCGGUAAUAUGUAUGCAUCGAGGAUGGUAACCUUUACAAGACGAUAUAAGGUCACAUUUGCAUCUGACAUGAAAAUGCUCUUUGUGUCCCGAUCCUCUGGUGAGUGUGUUUGUGUGUUUAAGAGUAAAAGAAAGUGUCGUCAUGUUGAGUUUGAGCUUCCUGACCUCUGACAGAUUCAGGGUUUUGUCAUGAAUAUCUCCGUCUCUGACCUCCUCUCUCGUUCUUCACCGGGAUCUCUGAAUUUGGACGGUUUCCAGCGCUGCAGGUGUUUUCACCUUCCUCCCUGCAGAGCUUUACAUAACUUAACCGGAGCGAGGACGGUUACCAGGACUGAUGUUGGGGUGAAGGGGGUGAGUCGUCCCUUCCUGGAUUCUGUUCCCCUCAGCAGAGCACCAGGAUAGAGGAGGAGGUGUAACCGUCCUGACUCAUCCAGGGAGGUGUGUCUGCUCCGGAUCACAGCUGCAGCACAGACCGGGCUCUCUAAUGGACUGAGCUGGGCUUAUCUGAAUGCAGCAGGCUGAACAACAGAGACGCACUCAGCGCUGAUUGCUGGAAUCACCGCCUGUGAAGGCUGAACAUAACGCACAAACAAACAUUUAUUGUUAGGCCGAGCAGUUCGCAGCUGCAGACAGAGUUUGUGUCACACUGAGGCCGAGAGCCAGGAAGAGGAAGUUUGGACUCUUCUCAGUCCAUCGGCUCACAUCUGAGAUUCCUCCGUAACAAACACACCUGAGUGUCUCUGACAGGCAGAGUCACAGUGACUCAAACCUGGACUGGAGCUCAGCUUGGACAGUUUAGCUGCUCAGAGUUAAAACGUGAAAACAGGAGCUUAGACUCAACCUGUCACACAUCCAACUUCCUUUAAAGGGAUAUUCCGGAGUAAAAUUAAGUUGUGGUUAAACACACCGUAACACUCUAUAACCACAAAUAAUGCUCAGAACAGCACCUAACUUCAUCAACAGGACAUAUAGGGUCACAGACAUAGUACUAGACACCAAACAUCUUUUUAACUUUGACUCAUUUCUUUAGCAAAGAGACUAAACACAACUCACCUACUCUCUUCCAGCAGCCGCUUGUUUGUACGGAGACCUCUGCACGAGUCCAUCGACGAAAUCGGGGUGACGCAGCUCAAGGAAGAACAUUUAUGAUAAUUUCUUUAUCAUUUCCUUUAAGUAAUAAUCACCACUACGAACAAGCGUCUGCUGGAAGAGAGUAGGUGAGUUGUGUUUAGUCUCUUUGCUAAAGAAAUGAGUCAAAGUUAAAAAGAUGUUUGGUGUCUAGUACUAUGUCUGUGACUCUAUAUGUCCUGUUGAUGAAGUUAGGUGCUGUUCUGAGCAUUAUUUGUGGCUAUAGAGUGGCGUUUUGGUUGAGUGUGUGGCUCUCUGUAUUUCUAUCCUGCGGUCGUUACUAAAGUUGGUAUAACUAGAGAAGCAAGUGGUCGGCAACAUUCAUCUCUGGAGGGGGGGUCUAACUCGGGUUUACGGUGUGUUUGACCUUAACAUAAUUUUACACUUGAAUAUCCCUAACAGGCAGAAACCUUGAGCAGGACCAGACUCAUGUUAGACCGUCAUCUGCUGAGACUGAGCCGGGUUUAGAGAGGUAGAAUGAUGACAACGUUUCAAAACUGGGACUCCUUCGGUUCACUUUCUCACAGAGCUGUUUCGAUUGUUCCGUUUCCCUCAGCUCUGUUCGAGUUAAAGAUUUAAUACUCGACAAAUAACUCCUUUAGCUGGAUGAAUAAAUCAUAUCUUUAAUUUUUAGCGCUGACAAAUUACAAAAACAAGUUGUUUUGGGAUGUUGAAUCCUUCAUGCAGUGGACUCUCUGCAGUCUGACAUGUUUUUCAAAGUAAGUUGUUGAUCUAUCUGCAGUCCAAACAUUAAAUACUUAAUGAGGCGGAUUUUUUUCAAAGCUGCUUUAUUCAUCAGCUCGUUUUGUUUUGCAGCUUUUGUGAUUUUAUUUCUGCACAAGUCGCCUUAAAUGUGAUCAAUAGAUUUGUUUAAUUGAUUUAUUGGAGACUUGUAGCUGCUGUGUAGUUGUCAGGCGACCAGUUCAGCUAAUCAGGUCUUGACUCUGGUUCCUGAAGUGUUUUCAAAGCUCCUUUCUUUAGCAGGUCGAUGUUGUUCAGUUUGUAAAUAAAGAUGAAGCUUCCUCUCAGAUCUGCGGCGUCAAACUCAUCCCACUGUAAAAAUAUCCUGUUUGACUCUUUCUGUGCAUGCAGAACAAACACGUGAGCUCCUCUCCGGAUCGUCUCUGUUUUUUUUUUCCGCUCUGCAGUUCCUCUGUCUGCCCUCGGUUAGACUCAAAGCUGCUGCUCUUCAGCUUGCCGAGUUCCUCCGCCGAGAUUCUCCUGGGGGAGACGCUUCAGAGUACACCCAGCUCCUCGUCCUUCUCCUCCUUCUUUACAUCCUUUCUUCUCAGCUCUCGUCUCCUCAUGCUCGUUCCCUUUUCAUCAUUUAGUCAUCAGGAUGUGCUUCAUCUCUCUGCCUCGAGAGGCUAAAAAUGGUAACCUCCUCGGAGUGGCUGAGAGCUAUACGCUAUACUCGAAAAAUAAAAGAAGAGAGGGAGAAAUGAGGAGCAGGACUCAUCCCUCCUCUCUUUGUUUUGACUGUAAAUGUGCUGGAGUGUGUUUAAUGAGGACGAACAUGUCCCUCUGAACUUAACCGCCUUUAGCAGGACACAUUUGUCUCUUUGACUCGGGGCUCAUUACAGCUAACAGGAGGGAGAAUCCUCUCUAUUGCAUUUACAUUAGCAGUCAAUGCGAUUGAUUUCACACAGCCAGGGUGGAAAACACAAGCGCAAGGUAUUUUAGUGUGUUUCCUCCUCCCCCUUCAGCUAAAGUGGUGAGUUCUUUCCUGCUUCUGCAGCUGCUGCCCACACUCACACCUCUCCGAGUACUCGCCACAAAACGCUUCAAUGCAGGAAUAGACAUUUUUAUUCUAGAUGUCCUUUUCAGGAGAGCUCAGAGUGUUUCAGCCGGAAGAGAAGCAUCGUUGGAUAACCUCAAUAAUCGAUAGGCUUCAUGGGUAUUUUUCACUCGUGUAUAAAACACAUGAUUUUACACAAUUGGUUUGGUGUCUGCUCCAGAUAUUGAUCCUGUUAAAACUAUGACUAAUUAAAAAUCCAGCAUCUAUGAUUUCCAGUUCUUCGUUGAAAGGACAACUGGACUUACUUGAGACGUUUCGCCCUUGGCCGCGUUACCAGGCUCUCCUUUGUUGUUCAGAAUGCACCCACAGUGGUGCCGUGGUAUGUGGCUUUGGAACCAGAACCUUCUCAUCCUCCAUGCUAACCUCAAGUCGCUGCCCAUCCGACCAAGAUAAGAGGUAAACAACGUGUGGCUGCAACAGUGACGGUACGACUCGGAUUCAGGGUUAUUUUAGUCAACUUUGUGGAUAAAAUUUGAGGUAUUCCCCGACUUUGUGAGAACAUGUACUCGACAUUAUUUGCCUUGGACAUUACUCUGCUUCAUGUCCGACCUCCAAAAACCAAAAUACCUCCACACCACCGACGUUUUCGUGCCAGUGUUGUCGUUGACGAUGUGGUCAUCUGUUGAGCCUUCAUGGUCAUUUCUGUCGGGGGUAGCACUCAUUUUCUUUGUUUCUCACCAACAGUGCUGUCGGCUUCACCUGUUAAAGUGCUAUGGUUGGGUGUAGCUGCUGUCUGCUAUGACGCAGUUAUUUGAUACUUGGUUUGAAUUCAGCAACUCCUCUUUGCAUUGGCUAUUCAUAUAGCCUACCAAGAAAUGGCACCGUGCCGACUAUCGAAAAGCAUAUUGACCAUGUUUUAUGUUGACAUUGAGGGAAACUAAUUUUUGAGAUAUAUCGUUAUCGUUUUAUCGCCCAGCCCUACCUUCCUGAGAUGCUCCUUAACAUGAGGGGCCUGUGAUUUGCUGUUUUGGAGGAUGGAGAGGUGUCAGGUUAUCAGGGUUUACACGGUCACAUCUGAACUGUGACGUCAGGAGAGGACCAACAAAUGAGACACACGUUUUACUGGAAUCUGAAUUAAAUCUGCACAUUUCAUAUCAAGAUUCCUUUUUCCAGAUCGAUUUUCUAGUAUUGAAGUGUUUUUAUUUCCGUGUUGUUUUCUAUUUCUCUUCUCUUCAUACAUUCUGCCAGCCGGCCUUUUAAACAACAGUGUUCACACUCUGUCCAAUUAUACUAAGAGCCUGAUACUCUCCCAGAGCCAGUCGCAGCAGCUUUCAGAGGAUCAGCACAAACUGGCAGCAGGACCGGAGCUCUGCUGUGUGCAGUGCGUGUGUUUGUGUGUGUGUGUGUGUCUGUGUGUGUGUGGGGCUGGGUGGCACUGUUGUUGGCAGGAAUCAGUGUAAAAGAUUUAGAGCUGAAGGCAAUCCUGCAUGGCCGUCCGUCCAAUCUGUUUCCUUGGUAACCGUAACAUUUUCGAAGCCAUCGCGGAAUAAGAGAAAUAAAUCAUCCGCUGUUCGAAAUGCCCCCUGAAAUUGCGAACAAGAUAUUAUUUGCGAGAUUGCAUGCGGCGCACACGGCGGAUAAUUCAAACCAUCAAGGUCUGAAAAUUGGCUGUGCGGAUUCAGAACGGGGCUGAGAGAUGAAGAAAGAGAGGGAAACGUAGCCUGGAGGAGGAACUCGAGAGAGAAAUCCAGAAUCUGAGUGUGUAAAUAUUUAAAAUAAACCACAUUAAUAUUCCAUUUUUAUCAUAUUUGCAUCUCACCCUUAAUUAAAUCAGCAAACAUCAAACUGCGCUGGGAAAAUGCUGCAUUUAAGAUUCACAGACGGCGUUUGUUGGACUUCUCUUGUGGCUGAAAUUGUCCUUCAGGGCGUCUUUUGUUCUUCGUUUUAUCGCUCACUCUUUACAGAGUCGGUCCUGACCUCUCCGGAGCUCUGAGCAGAAUCCUGCUGAGCUGCUUUCCUAUCUGAUUCCUGAGCCGUGUAAAGCAUUUGUCACUGUCGCACAGUCACACCUGAAGACCUCUGUCCUUAAAGACACACAUGAGGGUCUCGGAGCAGAGGGCCUGGACGGAGCAGGACCAAGAAAAUAAAGAGUCCUGAUCCAUCUGAGGAGUGGACUCAGACUCGACUGUAGAAACUAAACAUCAUUUAGAGGUCAGUUUUGUAGUCAAGUCACCAAAAAACGUCGAGUCCAAGUCAAGUCUAAAGGGCUCAUAGGGUCACUGUAGAAGAAUGGAGGUCCAGUCCUUAUUUCUUGUGACUCGAUCCUGGUCGAGUCCCAAGACUUAAGUUUUGGAGUCGAGUCCAAGUCAUUAGAGAAGAACUUGAAUUGUGUCUGACUUGAGUCCUCAUUACCUGAAUCCAAGUCCAGUCAAGUCCUUAGUACCCGUUUCCAAGUCCAUUUUAAGGCCUUAUUGCCUGUCUGAGUCCAAGUCAAGUCCUCAUUUCCUGGGUCAAAGUUUUAGCUGUGUCCUUGAUACCCGUGUCCAAGUCACAAGAGAAGAACUUGACUUGAGUCUGACUUGAGUCCCCUUUACCUGUGUCCAAGUCCAGUUAAGUCCUUAAUACCUGUGCCAGAGUCCAUUUUAAGUCCUCAUUACAUGUCCAAGUCCAAGUCAAGUCCUCAAUACCCAUGUCUGAGUCCAAGUCAAGUCAGUGUUACCCAUGUCAUAAUGUGAGUGAGUCCUUACACUGACUUUGUCUGCAUUAAGGUCUGCGUUGAGUCCCCAUCGCCUUAAGUUAAGUCCAAGUGGAGUCCCUAAAGCCUGUGUACGAGUCCGAGUGUUAGUUGAGUUGUCAGGGUCCGAGUUAGUCAUCUGUACUAGAAUCUGAAUCCAAGUCGGGACCCUGUUACCUGUGACUCAGUCUAUGUUAGAGUGGGAUUACCUGUGUCAGUCUGAGUUAAGGGAUUGGUACUAGUGUCUUCAUCGAAAUGGAGUCCCUAUUAUCUGUGUCCGAGUCCAAGUCAUGUCCUUAUUCCCAGUUCCCAAGUCAGAGUUUGACACCAAGUCCUUUUUUUACCAGCGUCUCAGUCUAAGUCAAGUCUUUAUCAUGUAUCCAAGUGAGUCCUGACCCGUGUCUGACUCUGGUUCGAGUCAUCAUUGUUAUUAGUUUUACGGAUUUGGAGGUUUUCUCACUCUAAACUCUUGAUCGUUUUAACCUGGACUCAAUGACUUGUGUGAUCUUCUUGUCUCUAGCAUCCGUCACUUUGGCUUCAUGAUGGAAACAAAUGAUAAAAACAAGAAAGCACGAGUCAAGAGACAAGAAAAGUAACGAUAGAUUGGAAAUGAAAUACUGCACAAUAACAUACGAGUCAUCAGUAACAUACCAACCCGCAGUUUAUAAAGACAGAAUUGAAGUUUCAUCUUCCCGUCUAUCAGAUGAUUUCGUUUCGUUUUGCUGCUCCACUUUAUGAAAAUGUUAUAAAAAGCCGUUCGGUGCUCAGAGACGGGCCUUUGUUGCUUGGCGAAGGUGAUAAAUGAGCAUGUUUCCUGCACAGCGCUGUUGUGUUGUUUGUUGUGCAGCAGCCUGUUAUGUGUGUCUGCACAUUUCAUUUGUAGCAGAGACUUGAAGACGAGUCAUAAAUCAAACAUGUGAGUGUCUCUGAAUAGGACUGUCAUGAGACCUCCAGUUCAUGAUGUUCUCAGACGUGCAUUUCAUUAAACCGGAGUCCCCCUUAUUCCUCCGCUGAUUUCCUUUUCUUUCUGUUUGUUUCCUCCUGCAGAUGGCGCUCCGCUGAGUGAGCUGUCCUGGUCGUCGUCCCUGGCUGUGGUGGCCGUCUCCUUCUCGGGCCUCUUCACCUUCGUCUUCCUCAUGCUGGCCUGCCUCUGCUGCAAGAAAGGCAAACUCGGCUUCAAGGUGGGUUUCCACGUGACGAAGCUGCUGCGCCCUGAAACACACACGCUCAUUAAGUCCCAUAAAGCUUUAAUGGCGUCUUCCAUAGAGGUGUGCUCUGGCUCGCCGUGCCCGUAAGUGUUCGUGCAAAUGGACUUCACACGAAAUAUCAUCCUCUUAUCAGACCUCUAUUGUCAUUUCUGCUGAGAACACGUCGGAGGAAAGUGGAGAGCAGCAGACAAAGGAGGUGCAGAUUUAUGAAGCCGACGGAGGCCCGCAGCUUUCCAGGACCAUCAUGUGACAUUUAUUCAGACCCGUUUCUGAGCAGCCGGCUGAAACGGGUCAAGGCGCCGGAGAAAAUAGGACUCGGACCAAAGUUCGGCUGCCUUUAAACACAACUGUGUGAAGUGUGUGUGUGUGUAUAUUUACUGGGACGUAAAUACGAGCGCUGUGGAUCAGCUGAUUCACCCACUCAGUGUGUAAACUUAUUACCUUGUGGAGUUGUCUUGUAAACAAACAUAUUGCUUUACCUUCACUGCGAUCCUGUGAGGGCAAACAAAACACCUUCAUGUAUCUCCUUCUUCACGCAUUCCUCACAUGUAAAUCAGAAUCUAAAGUUCGUUUUAUUAUUUACUUUAAUUUCUCUUCUUCUCUUUCUUUCUGGCACGUUGUGUGUCUCGGCUCGCCGGGUCGAGCAGCUGUCAAGCAGCAUAAACCAGGUCACGUCAUAUAGAUCGUCUGCUCCACAUUUACAUCGGUCAGCAGGAUCCUGUUUCAGGUCACUAAAGCGCCGGUGCGUAUAUUUGUCCUCUCCGCCCACCGGACAGUAGAAGAAUAAAAACUUUAUUUCUCAGUCCUACGAGAGGUUGAAUCUGAACAAGUUUCUCAUCCGGAAAAACAUCCAACAUACAGUCAAAACCGUGUUUUUAUUCUUGGUGUGUAUGUCGUCUAUGUCUUUGCUGAAAUGCUCUGUGUGUUUUAUUGCGUGACCAUGUUCUGAAUCCCCAAAAAGAGGACACGACUACAUCGGAGUCACGGAAGUGCGCGUUGUAAAUUUUGAGGGGUUUCUCCGCCCUUUCUUCUGUCGGCUUGCGUUUUCUUCCCACUUUUAGCGGCGGGGCAAGCAGAAGUGUUUUUUUUUGCGUCCUUCUCCAUCAGGGCUCCUGUAGCUAAGCUGCUACGCUACUUUUAGCCGCUCAGAGCUCCGAGGAGGGCUGGGAGAGUGGGAGGGGUCAAGUUGGAACUACGGGAGAGGGGUGUGUCGAAUACAGCGAGGUGAUUGGAUGGAGUGACAGAGCGUAAACGGGCGAGGACAAACAAGUGAAAGGUUUAUAGACGUCAUUUCACCCCGAUGACACCAUGGAUGAGGAGAUGCUGAUUCUAGAAGUCUAGAAGUAGAUUUCCUCCUCUGGAAGGACACAAUCUACUGCCUUUAUAUCUAUGUGGCUGUCUUUAUAGAGACAACUCCACAGAUUCUUGUAAGUUCUCGCGAUUCCCGCUGUCCAUAAUCCACCACAAAUUUGCCUCACAAACGGAGCCAGUAGGAAUUAGCAGACGGCGAAAAUUGCCGAUGUUCCAGAGCUGUUCCAGGUGCGGUGAAAAUCGGGGGUUAGUGGUGUCCAAAGUUCGGAGGACAGAGUUCACGUCUGUUUCUGUGUCCUCAAGCAGCCGAAGUGAGUCAGAAAAAUUACCUGAUGAUGCCAAAACUCCAGGAUCACACGUUUGAGAUACAUCCUUCGCUCACUCUCCUCCUCCUCCUCCGAGGAAAGCGUCUCUGAGUCACAUCCCUACGCGGGACUUCAGAUGUCUAAUUUGCACGUCUCACUCUUCAUCCUAUUAAUUUAUGUUGAAUCAUUACAGCGGCAAUUAACAAGAUUCAAGAGGAAAUUGCAGAAACGUUUCUGCUGCUGUGACACUGAAGUGAACCACAUGAUUAGUGCUGUCGGAUGAGUUUCCUCGCCGAGUCAGAGACAUGAAAGAUUGUUUUAAUAAUGAGGAGCGAUCGCCCGCGGGUACGUUUCCAUCUUCUCUUUUUGUUCUCCCAGCCCUUCUUCGCUCUAUUUUAGAUCCUCUCUCCUCGUAAGAAACACAAACGCCGACUACACGAGUCUUUGUGACGGCGUUACAUAACAUCCUGUUCUUUCUGGACGUGUUUUGAAGCGCGCCUCUCCAGUUGUUGUGGGCUGUGAGACGGGAUUCAGCAUCUUUUAAAGAUACACCGCAUUGUCAUCAUCAUUGGCGUGUUGGACCACCCAGCUGGGACGUGUCAGGGUGUGUCUGAGUGAGGGGCCAGGGUGAGAGGAGGAGGAGGGGGAGAGAGAGAGAGGGCGCGAGGGCGUGAGGAAGGGCAUACCCAUGAGCCCACAGUGCAUCCGGCCUCAGGGCCCCAUCUGGAAUUAGACACAGCCUCUCCCAGAGCAGGAAGAGGGGAUUUCAGGGAGAGACUCACGAAAAGAGGAGAGGAGAGAACAGCUUUCUGCUCUCUGAGUUCAGGUUUUACCUCCUGAAGAUGAAGUCGAGUCUGCUUUUGGAAAAGUUUGAUCCACUACAAGAAACUCUGAACAUCGGAGGAACUUUGUGCGUUUUCUUUUUAUAAGAUUGACCUGAAGAGACGGAAGUGUGACGCAACUUUGCAGAUAAACAAACUUGAAAUCGGACGAUGAAGCAGAUACAGAUCCCAGCUGUUCAACGCCUCCGUUCCCACUUGAGCGAAUCAGCUAGAAUCCGGUCAUUCCUUCAUAAUAUAUGAUUCGCAGUGAUGUCCGGAGCGCCUGAGAAACUCCUCCCCUCUGUGAAAUUCCUGAUGUUAAAAAAACUUUUACGGUGGAUUUCAGAGAGCUUCCUGAGAAGAUAAUAAACUAUUUCCUUCAUUUCGAUUCAGUCGUGAUAGGUUUGUCUGAAUCAGAGUCGUGUUAUUCCGCUAGAAUGUACUUUACUGGUUCUCUGCAGACGUGUUUCUCUGUUUUCUGCACAUGAUGGAGAGCUUGUUGUCACUCUCAGGUUGGAGUUUCAGUCCCGUGAAGCAGAACAUACCUGCAGACUGUCUAACUAACGCAGACUGAAGUCUUUUAGUCCUCUAUCAAUUAGGGCUGGGCGAUGAAACGAUAACAAUAUAUAUCGAAAAUUAAUUUCCCUUGAUAUUGAUAUAAAACAUGGUCAAUGUGUUUUUCAAUAGUUGGAAUUCUGCCAUGUUUUGGUAAACUAUACGACUAGCCAAUGAAAAGGGGAGUUGCUGAAUUCGAACCAAGUAACAAACAACUGCGUCAUAGCAGACAGCAGCUACACCCAACCAUAGCACUUUAACAGGUGAAGCCGACAGCACUGUUGGUGAGAAACAAAGAAAAUGAGUGCUACCCCCGACAGAAAUGACCAUGAAGGCUCAACAGAUGACCACAUCAAUGUCAACGACAACACUGGCGUUACGAAAACGUCGGUGGUGUGGAGGUAUUUUGGUUUUUGGAGGUCGGACAUGAAGCAGAGUAAUGUGGACUGUAAAUUAUGUCGAGUACAUGUUCUCACAAAGUCGGGGAAUACCGCAAAUCUUUUUCACCACCUGAAGCAGCGCCACGCCGCAGAGCACACGCAAUGCAAAAGGUUACAAACCCCGAGAGGAGCAAGGAGCCCAUGGCGCCUGAAACAGACGACCAUUCAGUCUUCUUUCUCUAGAGCAACGCCUUACGACACAACGUCAAGUAGAUUAUUGUGCUGUAAAAGACAUCCUACCAAUGAACACUGUUAGAUUUCAUUUAAGAGUAACGGGGAACAUUUAGGAUUGACAAGUGAUUUUUUUUUAAUGUUGUGACAAACCUUUUCCCGUAUCACCCAGCCCUACUGUCAGUCUAAAUCUUGUUUUUGAUCGCUGGUCUUAUAAUCCAUCCUGUCCUUCUCUGCUCUCCAUUCCUGAGUUUGUUUAUUUAUUUGUUUGUUUGUUUGUUUGUUUGUUUGUUUGUUUGUUUGUCACCACCUUAAAAAUGACACGUUGCUCCUCACACUUUCUUUAAAUUGAUCAGAGUCUCUGUUGCCUGAUACAAAUUCACGUCCUGAUUUCCGUCGCUGAAGUGAAGACUCUGCAGACGGUGUGAAAGGCGGAGUUUAGGGGUUAAGUUCGAGGAGGCAUGAAGUUCAGGGUCAGGUUCAAAGGUCAGGGAUGAAAGCAGCCAAUGGACCCCCCCCAGAUGUAAAAAGUGUGUGUUUGUGUUUGUGUGUUUGUGUGUAUGUGUGUGUGAGAGUGUGUGUUUCCUUGGUGGAGUGGGGCCCUGCAGAUGUUCUUUGGCUUUUGGGAGAGAGGGAGAAAGAGAGGUAAAGAGCGAGUGAUGUCACAUGUAUACUAUGCAAGGACCCCCCCUCCUCCUCCCUCCUCCCCUCUCCUCCCCCCUCCUCCUCCUCCCACUUGUCUCUUUUUUCUCCCUCACAUUUUUGUGGGAGCUCAGUUUCUGUUUUCUGUGAACUGGGAGAUGGUGCUCCUCCUUCUUCCUCUCUCCCCCCCUCUUCCUCUCAUUUUCUCCCCCUGCAUCCCUCCAUCCCUCAGCAGAUCCUGGGGACAGUCAGUAUUCAGCCACAAAGCCUCUUCAUCCUCUUCUUCUUCCUCCUCCUCCUCCUCCUCUUCCUCCUCCCUGCGCUCAACAAUGAGACUCUCUCUGCACAAUGGUGAUGCCUUUCUCUGCAGGAGCCACUCUUCCUGGCACUGCCAACCUCCCGCAGCCCCGCAUCCUCCCUAUAAAAGAGACCCCGGGGGGGCCGCCGGCUCUGAGUGUGAGUGUGUUAAAGUGUGUGUGUGUUUGUGUGUGUGUGAGGCAAAGAGAGCCGCAGACGUCUGACAUGUCCUCCUCACCUGCAGACUCUAAGGAAAGGUAAGCUGACUGGAGAUGCUGCGGGGUCACAGGGACGGCCGGGCUCGUUUAACCAGUGAAGGGGUUAACUGGGUGUGAUGGUUUAAGAGGGAAAACCGGGACAAACUAGAACAAGCAUAAGAAAUACUAAAGGGAGUUUUCUGCAUGAGUUAUUGUGUUUUAUUUUUCAUAAUUUGAUGUCAUUUUGUUGGAGAAAAAUGUAGAUUUGUCGUUUAUUGUCUAGUUUUUGCUUUUUUGACGCUUUUGCAUCAUUCUGGUGUCGUAAAAUUUGAACGUUUGCUCGACAAAGAUUUUGCGUAAUUCUCAGUUUUUGUGAUGAUCAGAUUGAAUGAUGUUGAAAUGUGUGAAUUCUCUCCCUGGAAGGCUGAGAUUUGCAGCAGAUGUAUGGAAAAUGAGAGAUAACAGAGCUGUUCUGUAAAUGCUGGUAUUUGCGUGCGUGUGUGUGCGUGUGUGUGUGUGUGUGUGUGUGUGAGAGUGUGUGUUGAUAUGAGUGAGUGAAACCACAUGUUGUAUGGGAGGGCGAGCGGGGCCGUGUGAAGAUUUGGAUUUGAGGCCAAGGGAGGGUGUGCAGUGAGGGUUGUGUGUAUGUGCUCAGAUUCUUCAGGGACAGGAUGAAGUGAGAGAUGGAGGUGUUUGUGUGUCUGUGUGUGUGUGUGUUUGAGUGUGUGUGUAUGUGUGGGUGUUGCACAGGGCUGCAGAGGGUCACAUUUUUCCAGUGUUGGGACUCCGCUGCUCUCCAGCUCCCAUCUAAGAGACUUUUAUUCUGACAUCCGGUCUGUGGACGCAGCCAACUCCCUCCUCUCUUCUUCAUCCUCGGCUUCAUCAUUCAGCGUGUCGACAGACGGAAUCUUUCAGAGCUCAUCAAUUUAUACAGAGAAGAUUAAAAAAAGUAUUAAACUCACUCAAAAUUAAAGGGAUAUCCCGGCGCAAAAUUAAUGAUCAUUUAUCAUUUAUUUAUGAUCAUUUCUUGAUCAUUUCCUUGCGGUAAUCAGACGCGGUAGUUCUUCUGUCUUAGCGUCUCGGUCUGAUUGUAUUUUCAUGAAGAAAUGAAUGUAAAUGUUCUUCCUUGAGCUGCGGCACCCCGCUGUAGUCAAUGGACUCAACAAGCGGCUGCUGGAAGAGAGUAGGUGAGUUGUGUUUAGUCUCUUUGGUGGCGUUUUGGUUGAGUGCGUGGCUCUCUGUAUUUCUAUCCUGCGGUCGUUACUAAAGUUGGUAUAACUAGAGAAGAAAGCGGUCGACAACAUUCAUCUCUGGAGGGGGGGUCUAAAUCAGUGUUAUGGUGUGUUUGACCCUGAAUUAAUUUUACACCGGAAUAUCCCUUUAAAGAGGUGUCUGAAGAGGGACACCAGUUCUCACUCAGGCCUGAUCUUUGACGGUGUAACCUCAGACUAAAAUGAGUUGAUGAAAUGCACUCGUGUCUUUUGACCAUUUUAGGGACUUUGACUUCGUCUCAGAGUCACUCUAAAGGUUCGCUGUCUCUCCCAGAGACAUUUUGACAUUUUGACACUUUAAAUGAACGCACACAUAAAAUAUUGUUCAAAGUGAUUAAUUUUGAAGCUGUUCGUCUCGAUAUUCUCUCUCCACGCUGGCCGCUCAUCUCCUUUGUUUGCAGUUUCCUCCGAGUGUAAAAUUAGGGUUUAAACGUAUUUGCAGAUCUCUACGGCGAGCGCCGAGAGUUUGAUCAGGCUGUCAAAGGGUCCUGUGCAAACACUGCUCUCUCUCUCUCUGCCACUCAGUUGUAAUGACUUAUUGAUUAACCUCCUGCUUGGUGCCAUUUGAGGUCCGUGGAGCUGAGAGCUCAAAAAUAUCUCUUUCGAACGGGAUCAUUGUUGUCGUCGAGUUCGAGCGAGUCUCUCCAGGCUCCUCAGCUCUGAAACGGUCUGGCUUCAUCGCAAAGAAAAGGAUUUGGAUACAUGAAAUCAUCGUACAAAUCAUCUCGGGAUGAAUCAGACGGGCUUUGUUUACGCUCUGACGUUCCAACCAGUCUCACAAACACACCGGACCGGGCCAGAACAGCUUGCAUCAGAUCAUCUCAGUUCUGCUUUAGGGAUCCAGCCAGAAUAUCAACAAACCAUCCGUGCAGCCAGUUAUUACCAUGAUAAGCUGCAGACAUCAGUGUCACGUUAUAGAUUUGGACUUAGAUUUAGACUUUGGACAUUUUGCAUGAAUACUGUCCACUUUAAGACCUUAUUACCACCGUUAUACGUCAGUCUUCAUGAAACAGGUCUGAAUAAUUUGGGUUAAAAUCCAAUCAAACGUAAAUCUGAAGGUUUGACUCUUUUUUUGUGUUCGUCCUCCAGAAAUUCAAGAAUGUGGACGGGGAGGAGUACCACGCAGACAUGUCCACCUUGGCCUCGCCGGCCUCCCAGGGCAGCCCGGACGUCUACAUCCUGCCGCUCACAGAGGUGUCCCUCCCUGUGGCCAAACAGCCGUCCAGAUCAGGUGAGUCGAUGGCGGCGAAAGAGGAGCGCUGAAGCUCUGAAUUGAAGUUUGAUCUGUUGAACUUGAAGGUCUCGAGGCUCUGGACUGUAAAAUAUGUGUCCAAGUAAAGAUUUUAACUUGUGUUUUAGAUCUGCACAUUUGAAAUAACUCACAUUUUAAAAUCUACAAACUUCCUCAAACUUCCUCUGAAAAAAAGUUGAACUGAACAAAUGAAGUUUGUUCCACUUGAAAUGAUUUGCUCCGUGUUUUUACAGCCUGAACUCUUUAAAGGAAAAUAGUUUCCAAUGAAAUAAAUAAACCGAGGAGAGCUGAAGAGGACGACUUUCUUCACUGAGUCCAGAUGAAGUGAUUUUAACUUCUCUGAUAAAUUAAGAAAAUGUUCAGAACGGUGGAAAGUUAACAAAAGUCACCAAGAACUUUUUAAGAGAAGGUUCCACAGAGAACUUUUAACCUGUUCUGAUGGUUCGUUAAAGAACCUUUGUGGUAGGGCUGGGCGAUAUAUCCUCAAAUCAAUAUCCCGAUAUAUUGAUCAGGUCACCUCGAUAAUGAUAAAUGGACGAUAACUACUCCACAAACUGCUCACCUCCUCCCACAUUAACUUUGUCUACUUCAGCCGCUACAACUUUUUCUCCGUCCUUCAUCUCCUCACCUGUCUGUCCCUCACGUGACGUAGGACAGCGUCUUAAAGGGACAUGAGACCAUAGCCUACCUACACACAUCCAAAACCAACUUAAAUUAAUUUAUUUAUUUUGACACUGAAUAUACCGAUAUGAGAAAAAUGACGUCGGUUAUUGUUGUAAAUUUCUUUAUCAGUAAAUUUUCGGUUUAUUGCCCAGCUCUAGUUUGUAGGUUCUCUAAAAAAAACAUUUUUGGUUCAAGUUUGGACUUUUUACUUUUCUGAGUGAAGGAUGUGGAGAGUGUGAUUUCAUUAUUUCCAGAAAGACUAAAACUCUAAAAAUCUCCGAACCCGUACUAAGAGGAGUUGAGUUUGAUGCUUCAAAGCUAACGUCUCAUUUUCAUCAUAUCCAGAAUGGAUCCGAUCUGAAAUGAAUUUCGUGGCGGAUUACAGACAGCGAGAAUCACGAAAACUCACAAGAACCUGCAGAUUUCUGUGCAAUCGCGCCAUAACAAGUUGUCUCUAUAAAGACAGACACAUAGACAUAUAAGCAGUAGAUUGUGUCCUUCCAGAGGAGGAAAUCUACUUCUAGACUUCUAGAAUCAGCAUCUCCUCAUCCAUGGUGUCAUCAUGGUGAAAUGACGUCUAAAAACCUUUCACUUGUUCGUCUCCGCCCGUUUGCGUGGUGUGAAAUACGAUCCUCCUGAAACACGGAGUGUUUUAUUUUGAAAAGAAGCCGGAUGUUUUAUUUUGUGUCUGUGCCCGACUUCCUUUCCAGCACGGGUUAAUCUGUGCUGAAUUUAUCCUGCAUGCUCUGGUGUCCAGAAAAAUAGAACUCUUGCGAUCAGCUGGAAAUUGAGACGUUAACUUGAACGGUUACGAUCACCUACGAUUGGAGAAUACGUUCUUUUUGUAGACGUUCUGGAUUCAGUGGAAAUUGGUGGUUAGUCUCGUUAUGAAGUCACGAUUAUCCCACAUUACGUCAGCUGAUUGUCACUCUCAUCCGUAUCAGCUGAGAGCUAAGUUGGUUUUCAUCUACAAACUUUUAAAAUCAGAUCCAGCACCGGCUUAACGAACUAGAAACAAACUCAUAAUCCUGUCAAAGUCACAUCAAAUUUGAGUCCCGGAGAGAAAAUGAGACUGAAGUUUGAGCCGAUAACUCCGACAGGAUUCUUGUUUUUAAUCAUUCAGACACAGAAAAAGAGUUUUGAAGUUUAAAGUUCCCCAGAGGUUCAACACGCCUCCUCGCCGUUUCUGAUCAGUCGAUCUUUGAAAUCCCGUCUCCACGUUUGAACAGAUUUGCACGCUCUGGCAGAUGAAUGGCUGGUCCAAGAACAUCCAAUCAUGAUAUCACGUUUGAUGCUCUGUCACAGCUUCAGAUUCACGCCUUCAGUCAUUUACUACAAAAACUGAUGCAAACCUUACGACGGCUUUGAAAAAGAUCCAGAGCCUUUCUCGCACACACGCCAGAACAUUUGGAGGGUGUGAGCGUCGUGUCGGAGCGAGGAGGAGAGCUGGUGUUUGUCAAAGUUUGUCCCCGGAGCGAACGCCGCCCUGACGCUGGCCCUGGUCAGCUGGGCCUCCACCUAUCCCACAAUCCCUCACGGCAGGUCCCCACAGAAUGAACUCUGUGCUCUUCAGCUCUCAAACAUCUGCCUGUUGCAUAAUCAGGUCCAGGCGGCCAGCCUACACUGCUGCUCGCAGGAAUGUGAAGUAUGUGAGAGCACAAAACCCCAGUGAGAGAGCGAGCCGGCGCUCCUCUUCCUCUCUCUGCUGAUGUGCGACAAUGGAGCUUGUUGUGAGCUAAUGGGCUGAUGCCGCCCGAUAAACUUAUGACACUGGGGUGCAGUUAGACUUAAUGGAUCAUACCCACGCAGUUAACCAAGGAUUCAAUCUGCACCAGAGCUCAGAAACAAGUUCACGUAAACUUCUGCUGUGAUUUAUUCAGACAGUUUGACCCUCACAGAGCAGGAGAUCUGGUUAAGUCGGAGCACGUAAAAACCAAAAGACUCUGAGAAAGUCCUAAAUCUCAGCUCCUUCAUCUGAAUAUGUUUGCUCAGUGAGAAACUGUGUGCUGACUUUGUUCUGCGGAUGAUACAAACCAUAUGCUCUUACGGCAUCGCAGAGGUCAGAGAUUCAUAACUGCACCUUCAGGACCGCCUCGCCCACUGACAUCAUGAGAGGAAAUGGUUUUUGUUUCUGAGGAGAAACGGAGCGAUCGGACUCGUAAAUCUCAUUUCCUUCACUCUCCUGUUUCCCUCCCACCCCCUGAUAUCUUCGAGCUUCACUCUGACUGUUCUCGCUCAAGUUGAAGUGAAAGUUAAAUAUGAACAAACGUUUUAUAAGAACGACUUUAUAAGAGGAUGAAAUAUGAAAACCAAAGAGCUGAAUGUCUAAAGGAGCAGAGAGGGAAACUAUGAAAGAGGGUUAGAGCCACAAGAAGAGAAAAAAUGAUCACAGGAGGGAGAUUUUUUUAUUUUUAAUUUUGAGAUUAAAGUUGAAAUUUUAAAAAGUUAAAAUUAAAAAGAUUGAAAUUCAUAGAUACAUGUCAAUUUCAAGAUUAAGAAAUCGAAAUGACAUGAUUAAGUCGAAAUGUCAACUUUGAUCUUAAAUUUUAAUUUUUUUAAUCUCAAAUUUUGACAUAAUUCAAGACAUUUAGUAAUCUCAAUUUUAGCUUAAAUCUCAAAAUUUCAAUUUUAAUCUCAAAAUUUUGACUUUGUUGAUAUUAUUUCAACUUUUUCAAUCUCAAAAUUUAGACAUUAUUCACGAUUUUUAAUCUUGAAAUUUCGACUUUAACUUUGAAAUUUCAAGAGUAAAGUAAAAAUUUUGAGAUUUGAGUUGAGUUGAAAAAUCAAAAUUCACGAACUAAUAUGAAGUUCGAGAUUAAAAAUCGAAUUUACAUGAAUAAAGUCGAAAUGUCAAUUUUGAUCUCUAAUUUUAAUUUUUUUAAUCUUGACAUUUUGUAAUCUCAAAAUUUCAAUUUAAAUCUCGAAAUUUCGACUUUAUUGACAUAAUUUUAACUUUUUAAUCUCGAAAUUUUGGCCUUCAUGUCGAAAUUUUGACUUCAAUCCCAAAAUUCCGACUUUAAACUUUUAAAUUUUAUCUCGAAAUUUCGACUUUAAUCUUAAAAUUUUAAUCUCUUUCCUGUAAUCAUUUUGUUCUCUCUUCGUGUGGCCCUAAUCCUCUUUCAUAUAAAACACUUGGUUUCAGCUUUUUAAGGAGAAUCACUUAUUUUUAAACCUGCCUUGACUUUUUAUGUCCAUGAAACAGAGUGGAGUUCCUCACACGCUCAUGGAGAGGCAGGGAGCUCGAUUCUACGCAGAUGAUAACCAAAUUUGUAGCAAAUCAUGUUUUAAUCUUUCGUAUUUUUUCGCUGUGGUCAGAGUUCGUCCUCAGAAGUUUUAAGAAAGAGAUGGAAAAGAUGUUUUUCUGGUUAUCAGAGACGUGGAAAAACAAUCUGGGCCUGAGCUUUUAGAGGAGGUACUUCGAUUUGAUUGUAGAGAAACGACUGGAGCAGUUUGAAAUCAUCUUCAAGCAUGAGGAGGAGAGAGUCUGGAUGUUUAGAAGGUCAACAAAAGAAGUAAGGUCCUCAAAUAAACCGAAGCUGCAGACGACAACACAGAGGUUUUAAAGGUGGGGUCCUAAGAUUGUGGUCCUGUAGCUGCAGCCUCUGUCUCUGCAGGAAGGCUGUUUGUGCAGCUAUGAGAGGAUGGUUACUCAGCCGAGUCUAAUCCCAUCAAUAUGAAACAGACACGGGUGAAAACCUUAAAUAUGAGGGCAUGACCACGUGAGAAGACGAGCACAUGCGAUCAUAUCUGCGGGGGUCUCAUGUGGUCUCUGAAUAGUCUUGUAUUUGUCAGAAAACGCCGCCUCAGAAACCGUGAGUGACGUCAUUCAGCAAACCUCCAUGUUUUUUUCACAGUAGAUCGAUUUUCCACCUGUUUUCUGAAAAUCUGUGUCCGUCUUAUUCUGGACUUUCUUUGUGAAAACCCGGUCCUGUUGGUCCUGGGUCUUCGAUUACUGGAUUGCCCCUUUGAGUAAACAGGAUCUGGAUGCUGGUCUGAUUCCUGAGCGCUGAGGUCCACAUUUUCCCGUCUGUCUCCUGUCGUCCCGCUGUGUUCUGAGCUUGUUGAGGGAUUAUGUGAAUAGGUGGAGUCCCCCUCUUUGAGACAUCAGUAAUGUAAGAGUUUGGCUCGGUCUAAAGCCUGGUCCCUGAGCAGGACCCGCCCUGAUGCAGCUGUUCUGUGCUGCAGGCUGCGUUGUAAAGCCUAAUGGAGCUCACACCCAUUCAGAGAAGACAUGUAAACAGCUCCACUAAGUGAAAACACACACAGAGAAACACACAAGGAGCGAUCGGAGGAAAACAAGGAGAGUUUCAAGGUCAGGUGACGUCACAAACACCCACCUGAGACCCUCACCAGGUACAAAAACACGAGGCGUGAACUUGGAUGAUCGUGGAGGCUGGACUCAGAUGAACUGGACUGGACUGGAGUGGAGUGGAGUGGAGUGGAGUGGGGGAGUUUAAUGUGAAUUCCAUUAGACUCUUGAGUGCUUUAGCUGCUGUGUGUCUCUGCAAACACUUCCUGGAUCCUGUCGAGAUCAGAGCAGACGCACUCUUCAGAGAGAGGGACGCUCAGAGGUGAGGGGAGAGAGCAGACGGACCGAGACGAUGACACCAUGGAUGAGGAGAUGCUGAUUCUAGAAGUCCAGAAGUAGAUUUCCUCCUCAGGAAGGACACAAUCUACUACUUAUAUGUCUAUGUGUCUGUCUUUAUAGAGACGACUCGUUAUCGCGCGAUUGAACGUGAAUCUGCGGGUUCUUGUGAUUCCUGUAAUCGCCACAAAAUUCGCCUCACAAACGGAUCGGGUAGGAAUUGGCGGUCAGCGAAGAUCUACGCCAUUCCAGAUCUUCGCCGUUCCAGAUUCAGUGAAAAUUGGGGGUUAAGACGAAUAUAUGAUUUCUCCGUAAGACAAAGAGCAAACUCAGCGUCCGUUUUUAUAAAACCAAAGAGGUCUUUAAACUGAUGUUUUAAUCCCUGAGUGUCCUCUCGGCCCUCGUUGUCUCUUCAUCAUUAUGAAUUUUCGAGGUUAGACCGAUGGCGUAGGUGUGACCAAAGCUCGCCACUGUUAUCUCCAAACUCAGUUCAUUCUUCUGUCACACAGCAGCAGCUGGAUAAUAGCUCCAGUGUGUGCUCACUAACUGGUCCUAACUGGUGCCAUGCUGCCCUACGCGGACAGACAAUGGCGGUUAUUCUGCGUCAACCCAGAGAGAGAGCGUGAGGGCGUGUAAGGAAUGACCAGCCCGGGGAAGGAGACAGGGGCGUCCAAUAUGGCCUCCACACAGUAACGGGCCUGUGUGGCGGUCUGAGAGCUCCACAAAGACGUGUCUGUCUGAGUCUGAGUGUCAUCGUGGGAGACACAAAGGGGACAGAGGGGGACGGAUGGAUGGAGAGGGGGGAGAGAGAGAGAGAGAGAGAGAGAGAGAGACGGGGGAGGGAUGCUGCUGCCGUCAGUGCGGUUACGUUUGGCUGAGCCGGGACGGGACGGUCUGUCGGGCGUGUGCAGCGGGCAGGAAGGACGCAGGUCAUCGCGGGAUGCUGACAGAGAUGCAUGAUGGGGCAGGAGGACGGUCGGACAGACUCGCCGGUGCCUGAGUCGGCUCGAUACGGAGGGAGAGAAACAUUCGUUUGCUCUGGGAAGAUAAGAAACCUCCACAGGCAUGCUGGGAAAAUUUCCUUUAAGGAGUUUAGAAAAGAUCGAUCGGACAGGAUGGAUCAGGGCGAGGCCUCCUAACUUCCUGUAAACGGUGCGUUACGUCAUGUUCGUGUUAUUUCUGUGUGAUUAUUAUGAUGAUUUAUUCAACAAAAAAAAAGAGUUUUAAAGCUUCUGUGGGGAGUUUUCGAACCUCGAUAAAACAGACUGAAGUUCACAUUGAUGCUUUUUUAUGAAAUCCAGAAACAAAACAGAUUAUCGCUGACAUAACGUCUGAAGUUUUAACGCCUGAGACCGAUACAGGAGGUUAGAUACCACUGAGGAGCUGAAAAAAACCCACAAAAAUGAUUCACACUUGAUGUCAGAGUCAGCAGGAUGAGUUUAUUUUGGCAGGAGAAUGUCGAGGACAUGAGGAGCAAUGACCGCUUUGUCCACAGGGGGCGUCAAAGUCGACACAAACUGAAAAAUCCUCACAGGAGCUUUAAAUUUAAGUUUUUCUAAGUACUUGAUUCUAGUUCAAAGUUUCAUCGCCACGUCUCCUUAAACAGAAGAAGAAUGUGCAGUGUGGACUUUAAGACAUAAACUGAAGUUUAUUUAUAAUACGGAUGAAACGUGUCGAAGGUCAAACAGAAGAUCAGCAGGAAACGAAGCGUUCAUUAAGACGUUUGCAGACGGUGAUUCACAGAAAUCGAGUCCAGAAAGUUUGACGACAUUAAAUCAGUAAAUCCUCUCAGCUCGGCGUGUGAAGAGUGAUUUUUAGAGGAUAUAAUGAAACUUCUGUCUCAGUGUAAUCAUCUAUUUUCCUCAUCUUGUGUGUCUCUUCUGUUUCAUCUUUCUGCAAAAACAGAAUUCCUAGUCCGUGUUUUUCUCUUAUUUGGAGUAAAAGUGUAAAUUCAGCAUAAUUUGAUACACGUUCGCCUGAAAAAAUGUCUUAUUUCAAGAUAUUAAACAACAUGAAUAAGACCUGAUUUGAUCUGCCAAAGGAAAUGAAGACAAAAAUCUCCAUCAUCAAAUUCUUGAAAUGAAACAUCUUCUUGUUUUCAAACAUCUUCAAGCUUGAACAGAUUUUUUUUUUACUUCAUUGACAGAUUUUUCUUUUACUCAUCUCAGGUAUCUCAGGUUUUUGUUCAGUACUACCUUGGAAUAGAUGUUUUUAAAGUCUUUUCAGGUGAAUUUAGCUGAAAUCAAAACUAACACGACACUUUUUACUCUGAGUAAGACAAAAAAAACAAGGAUUUCAGCUUUUACUUCUUUAUCUGUUUCCUGCGUCUUUUCAGUCUGACUGAUAAUUUGUUGAUGAAACUUUGGACGAAGUUUCUUAACCUCUCGAUCAGACGAACAUCUACGUCAUCUGACGCUCCGAUCUACGUCACUUUGGAGAGUUUGCUCAAUAAACCCUGAACAGUACAACAUUGUUUAAGUCUCCAUACUUUGUAGAAUAAGCAUAUGGAGAAACUCACAGUUUUCUCUCUUCCAUGAGCCGAGUAUCGACCGUCUAUUACACAACAAAGCUGUUCUCCAGAGAGGAGCAGUGAACUGGUGUCUCUAAUCUCUGCUGAGCUCAGAUUUAAAGGUUACGACAGACAAACAAAACAGAAACCACUCAUGAUUUAGAUGAUACAACUUUAGAUUUGACGGCUAAAACAAAAAGACAAAAAGACAACUCAGUUCUCCGGAGAGGAAUAAAAGUCAAAGUCUGGAGUGAGGACGCUGAAUCUCUUCCUCUCGAGUCCAGCAAAGGAAAUGAACCCACAUGGACUUUAACGGAUGAGUGAAUGUGUAAUUACUGAGAUUUGACGACGAUGAUUUCCAGCAUUUAUUUCUGUGUUUUUCAGCCCCGUUUCUUCUAAAUCCUAAGACAUGUUUCCUGAAGUUUUGAGCCCUCAAACCCCAGUUUUCAAACUCCAUUUACAAAACCUCUGAUUUGACUGAGGAAAUCAAACAAUCACAUCAAACCGAUUUUCUCAAGUGUUCAGAAUCAAACAGGAGCAGUCAGAAUAAAAAUAAAAAACACACUUCCCAGCGGGCUUUAGAGCACAAAACACAAAACAGAAAACACAGCAGACAGAGAGACGAUUUUCAGACAAAAACAAGCAAAAAACUGUGUUUUAUUUCCAUGACUGCCAAUGCCGUUCAAUUCUACUGAAUAAAUAUUUAAAAAGAGAAACUUUUGCACAGCUGGGCUAGAGCGAAAAAUCAAAACACACAGAACAAAGACGACUGUACGAUGUUGUCUGCUCUGCAACUCCAGGGUUUUCUGUGUGGACUCAAGACUCAGACAUUCAUCACAAUCAGCUGUUGAUUAUUGUGAUUAUGAUUAUUAUUAUUAUCAUCAUUGUAAUAUUGUAUUAUUUAUUAUUAUUAUUAUUAUUAUUAUUGUUAUUAUAAUUAUUAUCAUCAUUGUAAUUAUUAUUAUCUAUUAUUAUUAUCAUCAUUGUAAUAUUGUAUUAUUUAUUAUUUAUUAUUAUUAUUAUUAUUAUUAUUAUUAUUAUUAUUAUUAUUUAUUUUUUUAUCAUUAUAAUAAUAAUUAUUUUUGUUAUUAUUGUUAUUAUUAUUAUGAUUAUUAUUAUUCUCGUUUUUAUUUUAUUUUUAUUAUUAUUAUUAUUAUUAUUGUUGUUGUUAUUAUUAUUAUUAUCGUCAUUGUAAUUAUUAUUAUCUAUUAUUGUUAUUAUUAUUAUUAUUAUUGUUAUUAUUAUUAUUGUUAUUAUUAUUAUCAUUAUUAUUAUUCUCGUUUUUAUUUUUAUUAUUAUUAUUAUUAAUAUUAUUAUUUUAUUAUUGUAAUUAUUAUUAUGUUAUUAUUAUUAUCAUUAUUAUUUUCCUUAUUAUUAUUACUAUUAUUAUAAUCAGUAACAGAGCAGCAGACUCAGCAUCUGUCAUUGUCAGACUGUACUCCAGCUGCGUUUGCAAAGAUGGUAACUACAGAGACAGAGUUUCACAGUUUUUAGUUUUUAGUUUCUGCAGUCUAAACUUUAUUAUUCUGGUUUUAAAGACAGUUUCCUUUCUCGUCGUGAGUUAUUUCUGUUUGUGCACAAGUCACCACCCCCCCUUUGAUGAGGUAUUAAGUUGAAAACGAUCUCAAAAUCACUCAUAACUGACUUUUUAGAUGCAUAAUGUGCAUUUUUCCCCAACAUCCAUCAUUUCCUCAUUUUUUAAUGGUCUGAAAAUCUAUUCCCUAAAUGCUCAAGUCUGCUCGAAAAGUGCGAUCAAUCACAACAGACUGCAGCGGUGUUAUUUAUCAUUAUUGCUGUGUGAUUACUUUAAAGGGAGAUUAUGUGAGAAGAUGCGACACAUUAUGGUCAAAGUAUUGCUGACUUAUUGUUCAGAGAUGUUUAUUCAGCGAUAUUCAUGGAGUUCAGUUUAAAGAAGAAUCACUCAGACUCUCUCCUCUCUCUUCUCGCCCUCCAGUCCAGCUCCUGAAAUCCUCCGAUCUGGGCCGCCACAGCCUCCUCUACCUGAAAGAGAUCGGGAAUGGCUGGUUCGGGAAGGUAAGCUCACUUCUGACAUUUCAAUCUUCAUAACGUCCCGUCGGGGAUUCUGACAGUCGCUCCUGAUGUCCGUGCAGCUACCUGUCAGGUAGAUGAAUCGCAGCGUCAGUGACUGUUAGGUCUCGGCUGUGAUCCGGGUCGUGUUCAGGACUGAGUCGGUGGAGGAGAGCUCAGCUUUCCUCACACCUGUUAGCCUGUUCUUACAAACCAGAUAACGUGUUGUCGUCUCUUCCUCUCUCUCUCUUUGUCUGUUUCUCCUUCUUUUCAUAUCGUUCACUCAUGAAUUCACAUCCAUCCUCUUCAUCCUUGUGUACCUUGACUGGGUAUGUCCAUCUGUUUGUCUGUUUGUCCGUCUGUCUGUGUCUGUGUCUGUGUCUGCUUUUUCUCUUGGUUGACCUCCUGCAUGGCUGCCGCGUCUGCGUUUGUCUCGAUCAUCCCUCGUCUUUGCUUUCUUUUGUUUCUCUGUGCCUAAAUGUCUCUUUGUUCGUCUGUCCGUCCGUGCAUCUUCCUCUGUGUGUACAUGCGUCUGUCUGCACUGUUUCAGGUUCUGCUGGGGGAGGUGAACACAGGCCUAAAGACCACCCAGGUGGUGGUGAAGGAGCUCAAGGCCAGUGCCAGCGUUCAGGACCAGAUGCACUUCCUGGAGGAGGCACAGCCUUACCGGUACAAACUCACCUCCGUCUUUACCUUAAAGGGAAAAUUAAGUUAGGGUCAAACACACCCUAACACAGAGUUAUCGAGAGAUGAAUGUUGCCGACCGCUUGCUUGCAGGAUAUCAAUACACAGAGCCACGCCCUCAACCAAAACGCCACUCUAUAACCACAAAUAAUGCUCAGAACAGCACCUAACUUCAUCAACAGGACAUAAAGGGUCCCAGUCAUAGAACUAGACACCAAACAUCUUUUUAACUUUGACUCAUUUCUUUAGCAAAGAGAGUAAACACAACUCACCUACUCUCUUCCAGCAGCCGACCUCGGGCGAGUCCAUUACGGACUACAGUGGGGUGUCACAGCUCAAGGAAGAACAUUUAUGAUCAUUUCUUCAUGGAAAUACAAUCAGACCGAGACGCUAAGACAGAAGAAUCUUUUCUCUUAUUUCUGCUUUUCUGUCUUUUUAGCUUUUAGCAAAUCAACCCGCUGCUGCACCCGCAGUAGAGGCGGUUAUAAAAGUGAGACCGGGUCACUGUGGAGCAGCAGAGCAGACAGGGCGGAACAGAAAGUGUGUGUUUGUGCACGCCUGAGUGUGUUUGUGUGGAGCAUUUGUUGUGUUUAGUGCCUCUUGCGCUUCUGCAAAGCAACAACGCUAGGACACUGCUGCGCUGAGGAAUCAUGGCGGUAAAACGACACAACAACACGCCAUGACAUCACACUGAGGGGCGACAUUAUUGCACUUUUGCAUAAUCAUCAAAGGUUUAAUAGCAUACUGGGACACCGAUUGUGCACCUUUGCAAAUCAUAUCAAAAGUACAAAAGAACCAUGUGAUGGACUGGAAUGAGUGGCGUUUUGGUUGAGGUUUGUUUACGGCUCCUCAGACCUCUCUGUAUUGCUAUCCUGUGGUCGUUACUAAAGUUGGUAUAACUAGAGAAGCAAGCGGUCGGCGACAUUCAUCUCUUGAGGCGUGUCUAUGGCGUGUUUGACCCCUAUCUUAAUUUUACGCCGGAAUAUCCCUUUAAAAUUGUACAUAUUCAUGCACAGAAAUGUACAGGAUGUUCUCCGAAACUACUAACUGUGUGAAAAAAAAAUAACAUCAUAAAGUUGGAUCACAGUUGGAGGACUUUUUCUCUUGCAUCAUUCGAACCCUUUCAGCAGCAGCAGCAUGUUCAGAUUUACUCUCUGUCUAUGAUCUCAUGUCCCCUCCUCUCCUCUCCUCUCCUCUCCUCUCCUCUCCUCUCCUCUCCUCUCCUCUUCAGGACCCUGCAGCACCCGGCUCUGAUGCAGUGUUUGUCCCAGUGCACCGAGGUCACUCCCUACCUGCUGGUUAUGGAGUUUUGCCCGUUGGUGAGUAUCCAAACCCGCAGGUCAGGUGUGGUUAGAAGAGCUUUCAGCGUGUGUGAAAGAGAUUAAGUAACAUCUGAAGUUAAUACACACUCUGAGAGUCGACACAAACCCCGCUGUGUUCGCCUGCUGGAAAUCUGUCACUUCAUUUAAGGGCUUUAAUAAAAUCACUGUGGCAUGAGCGUGCCUCUGCCUCCAAGUGUUCUCGCUGAAGCCUGAACCACAACUGCUCUAUAGGGUUCCUUCAAUUAUUCAGUGUGACGUAGAGUUUAUGUGCUGGAGUUCGUCUUCUGACCUUUCCUUUCAAAGUCUGCAGGACAUCCUUAAACGAAUCCAGCGCUUUAAGUGGAUUGAAAACUUCCUGUAAUAUUUAGGCUAUGACUUUUUAUUGCUAAUAACUUUUGGCAAUGGGAACGAUCUUGGCAGCCGCUUUAAAUAUUUGGCAGACAGACUCAAAGUCACCGAUACAUCACCCGACACUUGUACCACUCAGGCUGCGGCAUUAAAUCCAGCAUCAACGACACAGGACGGAUCAGAGCUGCAGAUUUAUGACGUUUAUUUGUGGAGACGUGGAGGAGGUGAUCUGAGGACAGAGGGCUGGAGUCCCUCUAAUUUAGAUCGAUUGGUGUUUAAUCACCACAUGUACGAUGUUCAUCCAUUCAUACACUUCAAAAAAGGAAUUUCAAGAAAGAAAAACAGCCUCGUAAUGAGGAAAUAAGUUUAUUCUUUGUACAAAGAGAAUAUUAAUCUUGUCAAACAUGUUUGGCAUUAAGAAAAUUAUGUAAUUUGAAGAGAAAAUGUAGAAACUUUUUCUUGGUAAGAUAUUUCAGCUAAUUUUGAGACAGAAUGAACCAGAAAUCCAACGGAGCAACAAGAUCAUUCAUCUCAUUUUAAGAGUGAGACAAACGUACAACUUCUCAAUUUAAGAACGCCAUGAAACAAGAACAGCUGAUUUUUGUUUUUAUUAAGAUUUCCAUUGUACGCUUGCUCUCCACAUGUUUGUUUGUGGAAUAAAAAAUAUAUAUUUAAUGAGAAUGUUUUGGUAUCUUGAUUUAAGACAAUGUCACUUAUAUUUGCUGUUUUAAGAGAUGAUGUCUUCUCUGAUCUUCUGUCAUGUUCAUUAAGCCUUCACAGACAUUUGUAGACAUGCUUAUUUCUAGAUUUAACAAUCUUAAUUCUAGAAAUCUGGUCAAGUAAAAUGAUCUUGCUGCAUGGACAGAUAAUUUUACCUGUUUUUAGUCCUUUUCCCUCAGAUUUAGUGUUAUAUCUUGUUUUUAGACCCCUUUUUUGCAGUGUAACGAUUUGAAUCUCUCCGUUUGCUCUCAUUUAUCUGAUCAGACGUGUUUUUGUUGAAAACCUGAGGACAAUAUUGAACUUUCAUGAACUUCUGUGACUUCAGCAUCAAAUUCACAAGAUUGAAUAAGAAACAGUCGACUGCACAGACACAUGAUAAGGCUGCCCCCCAGUGGUCAGAGGCUGUAACAUACAGCUGUGUAUCUCUCCUCACUGUGUCCAGGGUGAUGUGAAAGGUUACCUCCGGAGCUGCAGGUCUGCAGAAACCAUGACCCCUGAGCCCCUGAUCCUUCAGCGCAUGGCCUGCGACAUCGCCUCAGGACUCCUGCACCUUCACAAACACAACUUCACUCACAGGUAUGAAGAUGUUUCAGUCAUCCAACAUUUACACAACCACGACUCUGGGAUACUGAGCUGGUAUCUGUUCGUGAUCUGCUAAAUCUCUCUUUUGCUUUGGUUACUUCCUGGAACAAUAUCCUGGUGCUGCCUGAGUGUUGUUUAUCGACUCCAGCAUCAGUGAUUUUGUUGCAGGCGGUGACCCGUCACCUCCAGAGCGAUUUAAAGCUCCAGUCAGCACAUUUUAGCCUGAUUUUCACGAGAUUACACUGAACCAGACCGGCUGUUUUAAACAUAAACACCGCUCUGUUUGUUUGAAGACGAUCUGUAACCUCUCCUUCUCUCUUUGUCACCAGCGAUCUGGCUUUGAGGAACUGCUUGUUGACGGCAAACGUCUCAGUGAAGAUCGGAGACUACGGUCUGUCCCACACCAAGUACAAGGUCUGUUCACCCAAACGCAGACAUAACUGAGUUUCUUUGCAGAACUAAUUUCUGCAGACAGUUAAAUCCUCUGUGAUUAAAAUCAGAGGUGAAAGUCAAGUGUGUGAGUGAAUACUGAGCUGAUUAUGUUAGUCCCUGAAGUGUUCACAUCUAAAAACAUAUUUAUGUUGACUUCAUCAAAAUAAGUUACAGCAGAUUUCACAGCUUUAAUUUCAGGCCAAUAUUUGCCACUAAUCCAGACCUGCCGACACCCCCGUUUUCCAGGACUCUCCCGUAUUUCAGACCUGUCUCCCGCCCACCUCCCGUAUUGUCAUUUCUCCUGGUACUCUCCUGUAGUUUGAUGAUCCAUGUUUAUUCAUGAAUCGGAUCACUAUAUCUGUCCAAAGAUUUUCCUGUGUUUCUGCUAAAACACACCUUUUAAAAUUGACUUUUAACCUGAACUGUUCUUUUAUUAUCUUCUCAUAUUGUGUCUUUUUUAACCUUUUUACAUCGUUGGUUUUAUUUCUCAAAAUUUUCUGUUUUUUAAAUUGUUUUUUAUUUUAUUUUCUUCUUUGUAAGGCGUCUUUGAGCACCUGUAAAAGCGCGUUAUAAUUAAAUUUAUUAUUAUUAUUAUUAUAAUUUGGGAUGAUUCAGGUUAAAGCUGUAAACUGUAUCUAAGCAGUGUUUGUUACAAAAACGAGAUAUAAUAUUUACGUUGACAGUCUUGCACCAUUGCGUUCAGGGCAGCCUCAGACAAAAGAGUGCUGUAUUUCACACACAGAUGUUCAGAGAGACUCAUACAGGAGAGCCUGUAAAAUAUAUAAGGACUUAAACACUUAUAUAUCGUAGCUUUUAUUUUUUAUAACCAUUUUUUAUUGUUAAAACUAAACAGAAAAGUGUUCAGCUUCACUUCUAAUCGGAUGAGCAAUUUAAUUACAAACAUUCUCUUAAUUAGCUCAUAUCCAUCAUACAAGGUAACCCCAAAACUACCUGGCGCGCAUCGCAAAAAUCCUUUCCAUAACCCCAAUGUUGGCAGGUACGCACUAAUAUGCUUGUGCAAAUACUGCCUGUUAUGUGUUCUCAUGAAAAGAGAGGGACAGGUAUUUUGAGUGUGACAUGAGCGCCCUCUGCUGGGUGCCCUCUGAAAAUAUGUCCAUGACAAUAACUCACACAGGAGAUCAUCAACUCUGUCACUGUUGAUAAUCUUCCUCUCUUUCUCUUUCUCUCUCUCGUUGUUCCCCGUCAGGAUGAUUACUACGUGACCUCAGAUCAGAUGUUCGUGCCGCUGCGCUGGAUCGCUCCAGAGCUGGUGGACGAGGUCCACGGAAACCUGCUGGUGGCUGAGCAGAGCCAACAGAGCAACAUGUGGUAGGAGAAGAAAUCUGUUAUUCAACUGAGCUGAACUCUAAUAUGCAGCAAAGUUGAACAUUUUGCAUUAAAAGUUUCUGCUGUGUUGUGUUUUGUUUUCUAAAAUCUUGAUUCCGUGCUGUCCUGUGGCGUUCUCAGGUCUCUGGGCGUGACGAUCUGGGAGCUGUUUGAACUCGGUAAUCAGCCCUACAGACACUACUCUGACAGGCAGGUCCUGACCUACGCUGUGAGGGAGCAGCAGCUCAGACUGCCCAAACCGCUGCUCAAAGUUCCCCUGGCUGAGCGCUGGUGAGAUGAAACACCUUCAGAGGAAAGAAACUGAUCUCAGGACUAUAUAAAGAAGUCAACAAAUUAAAGGGCAACAAAACAACAAAUAUAUAAAAGAAAAAUGUUAUCAGAGGAGGAAUGGGAGAAUGUGAAUGAAGGACAGUGGAAAACAACAUGAAAAUAUAGUUGGAAGAAUAUUUUGAGAUGACACGAUGUUGGAGACGAUGUGGGGAGAAUAAGGUCGAUCAUUUUCAUAUAUUUUUGGGGAUCCUCUGGUUUUAUACCUUAUUGGCAGGAGAUGAAGAAGAGUAUGGACAAAAAAUUUGAAAGUGCAACCUCCACUUAGAUUUGAAGUUUUAUAUUUGGGAAAAGAGAACCAGGAGAUAACAAGGUCAGGAGAAAAAUACAGAUUUCCAAUAAUGUUGUUGGCGGCUAAAAAGGCCAUCAGAAGAAAUUGGCUAAAAACAGAUGCACCAAAAAUCGAGGACUGGGUCGAGAUAAUGAUCGAUAUAUAUAGAAUGGAGAAGCUGGCUUUCUCAUCGUGACUUAAAACAGAUACUUUUAAAAACUACUGGAAAAACUGGGUUGAUUUUGUGUCUCAUUAGGGAGCAGACUUUGUGCAGUAAAGACAUUAAGUAUUGUAGACUAUUGAUCCCUAAUAUGUUUAUUAUGUUUAACCUCCAACAAGAGAAAAUGUAAGAGAAGAGUGAAAAUAAGGACGAGUGAAAAGGGUUUCAUUUUACUCCACAGUUAUUCUACUGUAACUUUGCUUGAGAAGUUUAUGUCUAACUAUAUCUCUGGGGGAAGUACGCAAAUAUUCUAUACAGUUGGAAAUUUGGAAUAUUGAUAUAUGAAAUCAAUAAAAAAGAAACACCUUCAGAGACACCUUAAAAAAUACUGAACAGUCCUUUAGUGGAAAAGCAAACAGGGUAGAAGGAAACAUUCAGAGCGACACGAUUGAAUUCCCUCCAGAACGAGUAGAUUCUGUUUUUUUUCUGUCUAAUUACUGAUCAUCCCUCUGGAUUUGCUGUGUUGUAAUGAGGACAGUUAUCCAGUCCUCCUGUUGUUCUACUCUGUUAUUACAACUUAGCUAAAUAUCUUUAAUUAUCCAAACUGAUUUGGACGCACAGAAAGCAGAUCACAAAAAACAAAAUUAGUUUUGAGGAGUUUUUCAUGUUUUCCGUCUGUUUGCGCUCUCAGGUACGAGGUGAUGCAGUUCUGUUGGCUCCAGCCCGAUCAGAGACCCACUGCAGAGGAAGUCCACCUGCUGCUCAGCUACCUGUGUGCCAAGGGGGCCAGUGAGGCCGAAGAGGACUUUGAAAGGCGAUGGAACUCAAUGUGUCCCAAUACUGGAUUCAACAGUCACCACGGUGCCUCGGCAAUGUCACGAGACCACCCCUCGUCCACCAACUCCUCUUUCCCUCUGCUGGAGCAGAUUACAUCUGGUGAUGGAUACCAGUCGGAGUCAGGGGAUGAUAUCCUCACAGUCACUGAGACCAGCCAUGGCCUAAACUUUGAGUACAAGUGGGAACAAGCCAGAGCAGACCAGUCCUACAGAACCCCAGACUCCUCUAAUACCAUAGGCCAGGUCAACCACCACUGUCAGGAAGCAUUUUACCCACCAGGGGGCAUCGUAGGUGGCUGUCCCAUGGAGAACCACAGCCAUGGAGUCUCUCCAUCUUACUACCAAUCAAAGCACCUCCACGCUCCAGGUGUGCUCCCUGUCCUCAGCGCUCACAGCCCAUCAGUGGGCAGUGAAUACUACAUCCGGAUUGAAGAGCCAGUGGACUGCAACAUUGAUCUGGACUACACCAUGUGCUCAUACAGCCCAGACUACCAGGGCAGCAAUGGAAGCUUCCUGACUGGGAGUGCAGACUCAGGUGAAUGCAUGGCGUGCCCGUCACAAGCCAAGACCAUAGGUCCCUAUUGGUCAGCUGACUUGCAUAAAACAGAUGUGUACGACUCAAAUGACUCUAGUCCUGCGAUCUCCCUGACCAUGGAGCCUCUUUUGGGGCAGGUGACUGAAAGCAGCCCAUUACGACCCUGGGAGUCAAGUCACUAUGUGUCCUACAAAGACAGAGAUGGGGGUUACUACUACGAGCACUCGCCCUCUUUGGGAAUAGAUAAUUUUAUGAUUGGUAGUGCGCUCUCCAGAGAUCACCAUCGGGAAAGCUGGGGGUCAAGGAGUCUGCGCCAGGCCUUGGGUGAACUGGAAAACCCCCUCGGUAUAUCUCCCUCUGUGAACAGUCCGCCCCAACAGGCCUUCAGAGACACUUACCUGGAAACAAGUCAGAGCUCAAUCAUCGGGAAGAACGUGACCGGAGGUUACUACGACAUGAUGGGCUCGCUGAGGAAGACCAUGCCCAGUCACACCAGGCACACCAGCCACUCAGUCAGUAUUAACAUGGAGACAGAGGGGGCGCUCUUCAUCGGACACAGAGACAGUGACUCAGAGGAGGAAGAGGAGGACAUAUUUGUGGAAAGACACACCUGCAACACUUGGCCUUCGAAACACCGCCACAACAGCGGGGGUCACCACAGACGAGCGAGCCACAGCUGCAGGCAGGAUGCCUACGUGGAUUUCCACUACACAAUGCCGAGUACGGACAUCGAGGACUCCUGGCCGGAGCAGCACAGCCUGGCCUUCCACUCUCUACCCAAACCCAUUGACUAUCUCGAGCCCCACCAGGUGAAAGAUAACAGUGCCUGUCUUAGUCUGAGCAAACACCAUGCCAUGGUGCCCUCAGACAACUGCAAUGCCUACAUCUACCUGUGCCAUGAGGCUGAGACUCAAGUCCCGGCACCUGCAGAGUGCUGCCACUCGCACUUUGUAGACCCGCUUACAGGCCUGCUGGUCAGAAACAACAGUUACAGCCACAGUUACAGUCCCGGCAACUACAUCAGUGAUAAGGUCAUCGACAUCCAAAGCAGUGAGGAAAUGAUCAAUCUGUCCCCAGCUCCGGGGGGACCCAUUGUGCCCAAACCUGCCUUGAUGAAGACUGAGGAGAGAAGAGAGCAGUACGUUGACCUCAUCGUCGGUGACACAUCACUCAAGGAGAAGAGGGAGGAUGUAAUCAAAGAAAAUCCAAUCAUGCAAAAACCCACAGAGCCCAGGACAGAAGAGGUGACCCUGACGACGACUAAAGCCGCCCCACCUCCAUCUGACAACAUGCAUGUGAUGGUGGCGCUCACAGAUUCACAGUCUGAGCUGAGCCACACUGCAGAUAGCGGUGUCGACCGAGGAGGCUCCACUGUGAGCCUCGCCGACAUCCUGGACUGCAGCGAUGAUGACGAGGAGGAUGACAUGACAGACGAUAUCACAGACGUCACUUCGGGCAUCUUUGCAGACGAGUCCAGCGAGCUGAACGCUUCGCCUGCCUUCAAGUCUCUCCAGAAGCAGGUAGGAACUCCAGACUCCAUGGAUUCAAUGGAUCUCCCGUCUGCUACAGGAUCUUGUGAAGGUCUGAGUCCUGCAUCCUCCCACCCUUCCAGCUCUCCAAAAGCUAUGGACAGUGGCUAUGACACAGAAAACAACGAGAGCCCGGAGUUUGUGCCCAAAGAGCCUCAUGAUCCCCGUGAUCAAAGUCUCGGGAAGCCAGCCCUCGAUAAGAGUCUGGAGGGAGAAAAUCUGCUGAAAGAGCAAGACGAGGAGGCUGAUUUAGAGCGGACAGAAGAGAAACCAUUACUGGGUGAAGAUUUGGCCUUAGACCCCCCACAAACAGGUGACCACAUCCUCCUACCACUGAGCGACAAGACUCCCUACAGAGACUCUGCCUAUUUCUCAGACUAUGAGAAUGAGAGGCAGUCCAGAGAUGAAGGGGAUGAACUUUUAGAGAGGGUUAGUGAUGGACAAAGUAUUCAAAAUGAGCUCCACGUCGAAGAAAAGAAGGGAGAGAAAAGGAAGAACGAAGAGGAGGAGGAGGAGGAGCCAACGGAGAGUGAAGCAAAUAAAGACAUAAAACUUGAACUGGAGGAGAUGAUAACUGAUGGAGCAGACUUGUCCUCUUCAGCGGAGGUGGAGGCAUACCUAACCGAGGAUUGUGAUGAAGAUGAGGUGCUGGGUUUGGCUCUGGAGCCCUCUGACAGUGCUUCAAUAUCUGGGCUGGAUGAAUGGCCAUCUCAAGAGGAGAGCUCCUCCCUGGGGGACUGGGCGGCAGAGGUGGUAGGGGCCAUGGAGGAGGCUCUUGGUGCCUUGAACGGAGAUCUUCGAUCAAGUGUCAUUGUUGGAGAGGAGGAGGAGGAGGAAGAGGAGGAGAAAGAGGAAGAGGAGGUCACAAAAAACUCUUUAGAGGAAUUAGGAACAACUGAAGAGUUAGCAGAUAAGAGCACUCCAAACAGGCCCUCAGGAACAUCCCCUUUACCCAAAGACGAGGUGGCCCUGCAGCACUCUGCAAACACCAGGCGCUUCUCCUCUUCAUCCCCUCCACCUCCAUCAACUCCCCCUCCUCCCCUUCCAACGGCAGACGGCCGGGCAUCGCCAGCCGACGGAGAAGAGGCAGACGAGGAGGAUGGCGACACCGAUGACAGCGAUGAAUCCGACGAGGAGCUGAGGACCUACAGCGUGCAGGAGCAGAGCGCGGGGGAGGAGAGCGAGGAUGAGUGCCACCCGGUGCCCAUCGUGGUGAGCGACAACAGCGACGCUCACAAACUGCGCAGCCUCCUCAAGAUGCCGAUCCUUCUCACGGCGGAGAACAUCGAAGAGGAGCUGGACCGCAAGAAGAAGACGGUGUCCUUUUUCGACGAUGUCACCGUCUAUCUGUUUGACCAGGUGAGAGGUGCUCAGAGUGUUUUCAUCGUCUAAUCUGAAGGUUUGGGUACGAGCUUCUGUUCCUCAUACUCGGCUUGUUUUGACUUCUGUGCCUCUUAACUUUCUUUUUUGAUGUUCUGCUGCCCCCUGCUGGAAGCUUGUUUGAAGUGACUCAAGCUGUGUUAAAUGAACUUCCUCUUGUAUUCUGUUCCACCAGGAGAGUCCUACUAAGGAGCUGACUGAACAUGGCUUCCCAUCAGGAACAGAAAGUCAGAGCUCCAGGAGCAAAUCCCAGGACAGGGUCAACGCUUCAGACGACUCUUCAGAUGGGAACGUCUCAGAGGAGAGUACGUACAAGGAUGAAUUUUUGGUUGAUGUAAUAACAAUGAAGUGAUCAGACUUCAAGUUUCCUCAUUGAGAAAUUAUCACUUAUUAAAAACUGUUUGUCUCGUCUUUCUCAGGUGCAGGGUAUGAGUGGGAGGAUGACUUCCCUCUGCUGCCUCUACCAACUUCUUCAGCGACGUCUGACUCCCCUCCACCUCGCACUGUCCCCAAACCUCCGAACCCUAAACCAGCUGUACAGUUCUCCCGCUUCACCGUCUCCCCCUCCAGUGUUUCCCGUUUCUCCAUCACUCACAUCUCUGACUCUGAUAUGGACUCUAUGGGAGGUGAGGAACCUAAAAAAACAACCUGUCUUCAGUUUUAGUGAAUAGGGAUGAGACUUUAGAGACAUAAUUCAUGCAGAAAUGUCCUGUAACCUGUGGUAGAGAAGGUGAGCUGAGAGUUAGGUCAGGCAGGGCACCAAGUUAUGCUCCGCCCAUCAGCUAAUCUGAAUGCAAAAUGUGAAAAUGGGAAUUUUAAUUAAUCAGCUUUAACGUGCCUGCUCUUCCUGCUUUCUUUGCAAACUACUUUGCAACCUUCCACCACCUCAGUUCUUCCUUUUUAUGUUUCUGUCUGAUUGUACCAGGGUCACAUGUAUUCUCACUGGUGCAUGCUCUGUUCUAUCGUCUUGGGUCUUUGCUGCUGCUCUCCCUGCCUUGACUUUUCAUGUAUGGAUAUGAAAGACAGUAGAGAUGUGCUCUCUCUAUGCUUAAGUUGUCUAAUUUGACCAGUGCUAUAUGUAAGGUCUCUGAUGCCGUCCCUGCAUCUUUGCUGAUGUUCUCCCCGCAUUGGCUCUUCGUGUUUGUACUAGUGCUGCAACUAACGACUAUUUUUUUGUCGACUAGUCGUCCGACUAGUCGUCUGAUUAAUCACGAUUAAUCACUCUCUUCUUUGUUUAUAAACACCUAUUUCCGGGGUGUCAGCGUUUCAGGUGCUCAUGCAUCGCCGUGGUGCUGCCAUUGUAGGAAAGCUGAGCUUUGAUCAACGUGUUUUUUUGGUUUGUUCUCCGUAAAAUGUUUCCAAACUUUGGAAGUUUUGGGUCGGCGUUUUGGAGCGUCUUUUUCGGUUUGUCCUGCCAUAAUGUGUGCACUCUUCUUCUGUGUUUACUCGCGAGAUGUAAACAGCGAGCGCUACUGCCCCCAGCACAUCCUGUAGUGCACUGCAGUUAUAGAUAAGCAUGAGGCGCCGGCAUGUGAUUCUUAACAACAAUAACACGACGCGUCGACGCGUCGUUUUAUUGUCGAUUAAUUUGUCGUGUCGACGUAAUCGAUUACGUCGACUAAUCGUUGCAGCCCUAGUUUGUACAAAGAUGUUCUCCCUUUACUUCAAGUGUCUAACUUUUCUUGGAUCAUAUGUAUUGGGUCUAUUGUCCACCCCUGUUUCCACCCCUGGGAUCUUUGCUGAUGGUCUCCCUGCCUUGAAUUUAGUUCAUACACAUGAAACAGAGGAGAUAAGUUCUCUUCCUGUCUCACGUAUCUAAUUUUAUCAGUAUUUUAUGUAAAGUCACUGAUUCUCUCUCUGCUCUGUACCUUCGGGGUCUUUGCUGCUGAUCUCCCUGCACAUGAACAGAGGGGGAGGUGUGCUCUCAAUCUUUAACAUUCCCUGUUUGCAGGUGGAAGGGCAGGUAGCUCUCAGAAUAGACUCACAAGACCAAAAGAAACUGAAUAUUUACAAAUAUUAGGAAUCUCUUUUUAGUCAAACUCUUUCUCCUCUCUGAUGCAUGAAUUUGUAUUCACUGACUCUCUUUGUCUUGCUCUGUAUUUGCAGGAAGCAGUGAGGACGGGGACAAAGAGUAGAGGGCUGUGGAGACUCACAACUUGGCCUGCUCGCAUGAAUUCUGAUUUAUUUUGAACAUCAGGUUUUAGAAACCCAAGACAGUGCCUCUUAUCGCCCGUGGACACUUUCAGAGGUUCUUCUUGCCACAAAGUUGGACCUCAGCUGUUUAGAAUAUCAAAAAGAGUAUGGUUAAUAUAUGAAAUUUACAGAAUAUUAAUAUAUACUGUGUGUAUGAUAUAAAGAAAGCAGGGGAAACUUGUUGAAAUCUGCAUAUUUUUGGGAUCAAAGAGAUACAAAGAAAGGACAAAUGUUUGGAGAGCAUCACAUUUUUCACCUCUUUCACUUCUUUAUUCAUGAUGGAGAACAUCUGUUGGAGUUUGGAGCCACCUGAACAUCAUGGACAGUAAAGACACAAAGUCAGCUUUUCAACACUUUGAAGACUGUACAGCUCCACAAGCAUACUUUUUAGGAAACUGCUUUACUUGUCUUAAAGAAUAUCAACCAGAACUUUGAGGUAUCACAAGUAAUACGAUGUUUAUAUUUGGAUUCAUUCAGAGACCGGAGGAGACACGAGCGAAGGGAGUUGGUGGGUCAUGUUUGGUUACAGGAUUUGCUGAUCGAACCGGAACAACCCAAUCUUUUAGGACUUUUUCCUUCUUGUUUUCUAUCAGGAUCACUUCUGUGCUGUUUGACAUACAUACUCAUUCUUUUAGAUUAACGGAAUACUACCACUACGUUACAAAUGUCCUCCAUCUGCUGUUAACAUCCAGCACAUUCUCACUGCAGUGACGUUUCAGAUUUCACUUUUAAUGAUAGUUUGACUGUUUUUCAUACAGUAAGGUAUGGGUUCAAGUUCCUACAGGACAUUAUUUCAAGAACUGAUCACUUUGACAGAAAAAGGACUGUGUUUAGUUUUCUGUUUCAGCGCACAGGUGGUCAUGGAAAUCAAGUUCAAUAUCUGAGAGUUUUGUUACACUGAUGCAACUACCUAGUAAACAAAAGAAAGCAAGACAGCUGUUAUGCUAACGUGCAAAAAUCAUAGACUGUAUAUACUCUGGACAACUUGGUUCCGCCUUCUGCCAGUAUACGGAUUUGAAGACGAAAAGCUUCCUGGAACCACCUUUUGCGCAGUAGCAUCGUACGCAUUCGGCGGGAGAGUCACUGUGAUGACGCUCGGCUCUAACAGCGUAUCCCCCAGGUGAGACACACAAUCUUUGUACGCCAAUCAUAGAAAUCAUGAACCCCCUGAUAACUUUUAAAAAUGGAGCAGAAAAAAAGAGGACUUGAGCACAAACCAGUCUGACAGUAACUACAUGUCAACAUCACAAUCAUUCAUUUCUAGUUUGUCCACAGCUCCAUAAGGAGGCGGGAUUUAUGACCUAUACUGCAGCCUGUCACCAGAGGGUGCUGUUCUCCAUUCUAUAUACAGUCUAUGGCAACAAUAUUUUAACCAAGUAAGUCCAGUUGUCCUUUUAACAAAGAACUAGGAAUCAUAGAUGCUACAUCCUUACUUUUAAGCAAUAUCUCCAGGUUUAGGAGCAACAUCUGCUGCCAUCCAGACACUGACUUUUUCAGGGAAGACCUUCAUAUGAUCCAAAACCACAUUCUGACAACAGCAUGGUUCUGAUAUGUCCCCUAUUGAAUAAAUCUGGAGACCCUGAACGGUUGAGCAGCUGAAAUCCUCUACCAGGCCAGAGUUGAAUCUCCAGAACCUGGUCUACCAGGUUCACUAAGGUUUACAGAGGACACACAGUUGGAAACAUGUCUCAACAGUUGUUCCGAUUUUGUGUUUAUCACCGUUUAACUCAGCGUCCUGACUUCUUUUGGACUAGGGUUGUAAGAGGCCAAGUACAAUCACAGACAAUGCAGGGACAGAAAUAAGUAAGUUAGGGACUUUCUAUGUUCAGAGUAUUGAUCGUUGUAUUGCCAAACUCUACAGGCCAAUAUUUACUCUCUGAAAAACCUGCACAACAGACAGAAACAGCUGACGUCACUGUUACCGUCACCUGCUGUAUAUUAGCUUCACUGUGCUUCUCCGGAGCUGUUUUGUACCGUCAUUCUGGCACUUUGAGCCGAAUCUUUUACUCUUUUUGUUUUUGCUUCACUCAUUAUUCAUUGGGUUUUCUCUCUAUCAAAGUAAUUUGGAUGAAAUGUUGCUUAGUGGUGGGACAUAUCAUAUUCCUGUUAUUCGUUUGAUCAGCUGGUUGAAUGCUGAUAGAGGGCUGCUGUCAUGAUCAUGAAAUGUUCAAGAUUUGCUUUCUGUGUGUGGAAACUGAAGGUACGUGUUGAUAAGUUGUUGGUUUUAAAGCUGACGGCCUCAAAGAUGAGGAUCACACCUUUCUGAACACCCGAUGACCGACAUGUAGUGUCUUUAAGUGUUUGUUUGCCGUCUACGGCUUUAAUAUUCUGUAACAGUUUAGCAUAGACGCAUCUGAACAACUGUCCGUAAUAUUUUUGUAUCUAGACAAAAAUAAUUUCAAGAGUAUUGAUGUACUGUUCCUGUGAAGAAGGGAAGGCUUAGAUAUGUCUCUGAUGUUUAUUGUUGCCAAAGAGAUGUUGUGUUGUGGUCCAGCAGGGGCAACGGGUGGUUGUAUUUACCCUGAGACGAAGAAACAGAGCAGAUUUGACCUGCUGCAGAGGUGACAGUCUGGGAUACUGACAGUAACAUGUGCCCCUACACUGACCUGGUCACAUCAUUACUUUCUGUAUCUUCUAUCAAAUAUAAAUAAAGUUGGUUUUACACAUCUUAUCAAACGUGUCUUAUUGACUGAUAAUCCUGUGUAAUCAGAAAAUUAUUUGUUGACAGGAAACUUUACUGCGCUUAGAUUUCCAGAUGAACAAUUCAACUUGUAAAAGUAAUGUUGUUUUGCUGCAGGUUGCAUGACUAAUAAACUGUGUGCCUUUCUGUAGCUACAGUGGCCCCGAUGGUCAAUAUCACAUGAUCACAAAACGGUUUCACUGAUUGUUAAAAAUGCAGGAACACUUAAUGACAAGAAAAAAAUUACAACAUCCAAAAAAUAUUAAAUGAAAAGCAAAAACUUCAAGAAAUAAAGAAAAUGUG